ACACUCACAUGCAGUCAGUGCAAAAGGAGCGUUCACUCCCUCCGCAAGAGCGCACAGAUUUUUGAAGGACCCAGUGGUGGGAAAAGCAAAAAUCCUAAAGGCAGCGUUUUGUAGCACUUUUAGAUGACUUCUCCAGCCUCGUUAGACGUCUCUCGGUAGCUGACAGAUCAGUUUGAGGAAUGUUUUAGGGACAGAGAGUCUCUCCAAAGGGCAUUUGGAGCGCGCAGUCUGAGCCCUUAUAAUGCGGAGAGAUCAAGUCUCAGUAGUUUGUCGGUAUGAACGCAGCACAGACGGACCCUGAGAAACUGCUUUCAUGGAUGGACUGACUGACUGAUUGAUUGAUGGGCGUUUAAUUAUUUACUAUUCAAGAUCAGAGGAUUUCCUUGUCGUAGUCAAUAAUUUAAAGAAAUCGUGGAUUAGGUGUCGAGGAUUUCUUUUUCCCUUGAAGGUGCGUCUUUAAUGGGGAUGUUGAUCUUUUACAUUUAGCCAACGCCUGGGUCACGGAUCUGAAGGAGGGAUUUAACCUUUCUCCAGGUGGAAAUAUAACCAGUUUUCUUCCAGGACCCUAACUCAUCUCUACUGCCGCUUUGUCCAACAUGAAGUCUGUCACUGUGUGGAUGUGCGUCUACAGCUUCCUUCUGCUCCUAGGUAAGAAGUGAAAUAUGCAAACAUGUCUAGUUAAGAGCAAAUUCUCACAUUUAGAGCUCAUCUGGACAAUUUCUGUCAUCAGUAAUUACUAUCUGGGGAUAUUUCUUGUAUUUGUCCACUUUUGUCUUUGCAGGAGUUGUUUAGGGUGCAAGGUUAUUUCUUCUUUGUCUUAGAAUAUGUUGUAAAACGAUGAAGGGCGUCAAUGUGCAGCCGGAUGCAUUGGGUUGAUUAUGUUUAACUGUCACUCAAACGUGCUAAUUGAACUUGUUGUAUGUGAAUUAAUUACCUAAACUGUUUGCACAAACAAAAACAUAAAAUACUGUAGUAUAUCUAUCAUACAAGCCUCAUAAUAAUUGCAUAAAAAAUGCAGCAGCAGAGUCCAGUUCUCAUUUAGAAUGAUAAAAGUCUCAGAUUUUUGCUCCAGUUGGACACUCGAGUUUAAUUUAAUAUGAAAAAUCGAUUAUCAUUAUGCUCACCAUCACCAUUAUCAUAAUCAUUAUUACCAUCAUAAUGACAGUUAUCAUCAUAAGUGCUUCCCACACAGGUCAGCACUGAAGUUAAAUUCCUUUAAGCAGAGAAAUAUUUCUCACAGUUAACUUGAUUUGACUCUCCCUCACCCGUUGCUCUCUCUGAUGCAGUGCCUCCUCCUCUCUGAAUUUAGUACUCUACAUCGCCACAAGGGGUCUCUCUUGUCAUUUCUCUGUUUGAGAUUUGGGUUUGCGUGAAGGUGCGUUUGAAUCUCGACUCCUGUCAAACUGCAGCACCUGAGCCUCUGAUCUGUGGAUCACUGUUGACUCAUUUCAAAGUAAUUUUCUGCUUAUCUGGAUGUGAAUAAAGCGGAGUACACAUCCUUAAGGUGCCCCCUUUGAAAUGAGAUAAUUAGACAAUCUUGGGUGAUCAAGCCUCCCCUUGAUUAGGUCUAAUAGUAAAAUGAGAGCUGAGGCUUAACAUGUGUUUUUCUGACGCUUUAGAUGAUUGUAGGUGAGAACAGGACAAGACUCAUGUGAACCAUGAAGAAUGUGAAUAUCUUGCCAAAUGAUGUCUUGACAUGAUAGGGCUUGUUAUAAGCAGUCAGACCAGUUCCAAGUCCAAAAUCCAAUAGGAGAUUUAAAAAGGUGGAGAUCUGGUAUGUGAUGUGUCCUUUUCAGAGUGCAUUCACCCACAAACCUACAAACACACACUCAUUACAAUUCUGAGCCCACUUCUCCUGUCACCCCUAAAUCCUCUCUCCUGGUCCCCACCUAGAUGAGGCAGCCAGUUCCUGGGGUGGUCCCUCUGCUCUGUCCGUGUCCGUACCCUUGGCCAAUGGUUCUCCAGGAUCUCCAGGUGCCGGUGCCGGGUCUGGGCCUGGAGCACAGCCAGAGUGGGUGGACUGCAUCCAGGCGAGUGACAUGUGCAACCAGAACCCGUUUUGCAGCUCUCGGUACCGGGUGAUGCGCCAGUGCCUUGUGGGCAAAGAGAAGGAAGCCAUGCUGGACAACAACAGGGAAUGCCAGGCCGCUCUGGAAGUGCUGCUGGUUAGUCCUCUGUAUGACUGCCGCUGCAAGAGGGGCAUGAAGAAGGAGCUGCAGUGUCUGCAGAACUACUGGACCAUCCACAUGGGACUCACUGAAGGUAGGAGGCAGAUGGUUUUAUAAGUCUCUGUCUUAAAAAUCCCAGAAAACAUCAUGUGUGUAACUGUGCGGCAAAUUCAGAGCUUUUUAUGCCAAAAAACUGUUCUUAUUCAUGCACUUUCUUGAAAAACACAAAUGUUCAAGUGCUCUUUUUUUCCCACAUCUCUCCAGUCAGCUUGAUUUGGUUUUACAUGUGUCAUAAGUACCCCUCAAUGUUCCCCCUUUGACUUUGAAUUCAGCUUUUAACAUUUUUAGUGGCUUUCUUAUUACAGGGAAAUGUGUGUGAACUGCUGCUGCUGCGGUAGAAAACUCUGUCUGUGGCUCUCACCUCUGUCAUUAUUAAUGUGUAUGACUUAGCACAUUUUUCAGCAUUAUUACAUUUAUUCCAAAUUAAUCCUCUAUUCUCAACAAGUGCACUUUCCGGGCAAACACUAGAAGGAUGUGCACCACACCCUUUGUUGAUGCCAAAUUCCCUGAUGCCCUCUUACAGAGAUACCCAGAAGCCCUUGAUGAAAAAUAUAUGCUUUCCCAGUUUCCUCACCCUCUCAAAGGUAAUGGAUCUAUAAUGGGAUUACAUUACGUAGACCUGUUAUGGUGGACUUAUUGGUUUCCACCUAAAGUGUUCCAUAUUACCAUGUAAUUCAGUUGCGCUGGUGUGGCUCAGUGGCCCUUAUGUGUCCACUUACACUGGACGUAAAGUCAAAAAGCACUCAUAUUGUAACAGUAGGGCCUUUUUUUUGAGCAUCAAGCAGUCUCUUGGACUGACAUCACUCUCGGUCCACCCUGAGGGGCGAACACACACUGCGAUUCAUUUUGAGACAAGUCGGAGUGAAUCAGAGCUGCCAGAGAUGCCAUGCCCCGGGGAUCCUGCUAAAGGGGGACCUCAACCCGAGAGUGACAUUUCUCCAUGCUCAUACAUGUGCCAUCUGAUGUCAAGUGCUGUGCCAUGUAAACAUGGCGGACAUUAUGUCCUCAGCUGUUUUGACACGUGGGCUAAUGGUGGAGAAGUCUCUGAGCUUUAAGCAUUCUGGGCUUUUGUGUCGUGAUCCAUGAAGUGAUUUGCCGGGCUGACUGCUCAUAGCACCAGCUACACUUCAUCAGACUGAUGGCAGCAGAGGGUCCCUGACAUGAGUUCAAGGGAAACGUAAUGACAUGAAUGCUCCCCAGGCCUUCUGUCUCUAACCCUGUCUUCCUCUGCUUUUUUCUCUCGCAAUGAUCUUUCUCAUCUCCUUCCACUUCUCUUUCUCACGCUCUCUUUCCUUUGCUCUACAAAUAUCUGCUUUAGUCAAAGUGUUUUAGUUUAAAAGGAUCAUCUGAGUUGUCUGGCUGACAUGGAUAGAGACCUCCUGUGCCUGAGUUAUUGCCCUUCACAGAGUGUCUGUUUCUUUUUUGAAUAAAUGCCUCUCAGCAGUGUCCCAUUUUUGGCCCCUGUCGCCCUUGGAGAUAAAACCUGCUUUAACACAAACGAAAAGCUCUUACAGUACAGCUUUAAUCUAAUCACGAUCCAUUGAGCAGUCAAGCAGGCUUUUGUUAACUGGAAACAAUCUAUGUUCAACAUCCAUCUCUGGGAACAAACACGAGGAACUGAGUCCCAACAGACCGGCUGGAAGUGGUGCUAAACCACUUUUUACAGCUCCUAAAAUCGUUUAUGGACAACAGGGUCUAAGCGUUUUGAUGAAGGUGAUCACAUUUGAAGUUUUAGUUUGUUUAUGUGAAUUUGGAAAGGUUUAGCGCAUGGAAGAGAAUACAACAGAAAAUGACAAGAAACUAAAGAUUAAAAGGGCAGUAUGUAGAAUCAAGAAGCAUUUAGCAGGACAGACUUACCUGAAUACUAAAAUCAUUGUGUGUGUGUGUUUUGGCUGCCCCACUAAAUGCAUUGAUUGGAAGACAAAGAAGCAGAAAUGGAGAGUGGUUGUUGUGCACAGAAAUCAUUUAUUGAUAGAUACUUUAGGUAGUAAAAUUUUGACGAAUGCAGGAUCAGACUUUUCAAACAUCUCUGGAGCUCCAUGUCCUCAAAGGCCAGUGUUUCAAUCCUGAAUCUCACUGCAAGACAUUGUGAAAUAUUUCCAUAAAUACACACUAUUCUUUUAAAGAAGAAGCCCAGAGCUGGAGAUGGUGAAAAGGAAAAAGAUGACAAGCUGAAAUAUAGAAAAGGGGCAACUGAUGUGAUAAGUUUUAGGUGAAAAGUAGAGUGAGGUGGCUCGAGGAAAACAUAUUUAGCUUCUUUAAACAUACGGUCAUCUCCUUUAGGCUUAAGGCUACUGCAAAGUUUAUAAAGCCGUACAGAAAAACAGGCUCCGGCUAUAAGUUACUGAGAGUCUUAUAACCUAUGCUGACUAGGGGCAGAAAUCUGGCCUGCAAGCUUGAGGGCCAACCUAUAGUAUCUGUGAAGAGAGAGCUGAUGUCAAACAGGGAUAGACUGAGAAUGAAACAAUGCUCUGCACUCAGACCGUGUCCAUACACACAGCAGGCAGAAACUACACUGCCCCGAGCAAGGUUAUCACACCACCUGAUUGAGCAUGAAUACAGUAAAUGCUACUUGUUUGAAUACAAAGCCAAACAAUUAAAAUAAUUGGUUCAAUAACAAAAUAAUCAGACCUAUCAGCAUGAAUAAACUUGUAAAAGAGUAAAACACAGUGAAUAAAUGUCUGUGUAUCAAUCCAGGUUGAAAGAUAAAGGGUCUGAAAGUUAUUCUUGGAAAACAAAUGAUUUUAAUUUUACAUCUCAGGCUUCAGGAGAGACAAACACACUCUGUAUACUGUAGGUGACGCCUUGUUCUGUGUACACGUUUGGGCCUGACAUUAUCAACCAGUUUUUUCUUUUAUGUUGUUAAUACUGGAGUCUCAUUCUCAAAAAACAAAACGAAAAAUCAACUUGUGAUUUCGAAGUUUAGCUUCUUCAUUGUUAUUUGUACACAACCAAGAUGAGCAAGUAUAGAGAGGCAACACUAUAGUGAUGUAUGAAAGGCUCAGUUUACUCUCGCCACGCUUACAUGGGCAAAAUUUCUUGAUCUGAUUAAAAUUUUGAGGCAUCGGAUAAUCUUAAUCCACUGUUUAUAUGGGUGCAAAAUCAAAUAAUCCGAUUAUGACGUGCGUAUACAUACACCGAGUUUUAUUCAGAUUAGAAGCAUUUGGACAUGCGCAGAGUUGUCUGAUUUCGCUUAAAGAACCGCAGAAGAGGAGUUGCAUUUCCGCCUGUGCUGUCAACAAAACACAAACGCAGUAGUGUCUCACUUCAUCCAAAUCAGGAGUUUUCCCCCCCUGUUAAAUGUUGUCACUAGAUGGCGUCCUUGCAUACUUAUUUUACUGUUCUGUCAAAGGUUGCUCUGUGCGUGCAGAUGUGACAUCAUUACGUUGUAUGUACGCCUCGUUAUGUUACCGGAAGAGCAGACACGGCACCAGUGGUUGUGAUUUAUGCCAUAGUGUUAAUAAUGAAACCUCCUGUACUGGCCUCAAUAGAUAAGCCAAAUGCAAAAGAGUGAAGAUCGAGUCAGGUAAGAGAGUCACGAUUGGAAUAACGCCUGGUUCACACAGGAAGCGCCGCGCGCGGAACGGAAGCGCCGCGCGCGCGCGCAGCGCCAGCUCGCGCUUGGCUGUUCACACAGGAAGCGCUUUCUGCUGCGCUCUGACAUGCCGGUCAGACAUCGACUGAGCCCGGUAGUGCUCGGCCGUUUCCGUCUGCCCUCAGUUUUCCACACUUACGAGCGCUUUAAAAAUGGGUAAAUUACUAUUUAUUUACGUUUUUAUGUCGUCAUACAUAAAUUAAGUAUUGACAGCAUCUUCAAGUAUUGUUUUAAAUUAUUAUAUAGGGGUAAACGACGAAUAAAUUGGGGCGUCUGUUGACUCCGUUGUAUGUAUAGCCUUGUUAGCUCGAGGCUAUUGAUUGUAUCGUAAUAAAGUCCCCCCCCCCCCCCCCCCCCCCUUGUCUCAAUAACAUCACUGAAUCUCUGCAGCUCUCCCUCCGUGUGUGUGUGUGUGUGUGUGUGUGUGUGUGUGUUCAUCGGUAAAAAAAAAUAGACUGACAAGCAACACCGUAAAUCCUUUUCUAAUUUAUUGAAAUUUACUUUAUUUUGAAAAUUGACCGGAUUCUCUCGCAUCUCCUUCCUGACUUCCUGUCUGGUCCGAUCUGCUCUGUUGAGCUUUACAUCGGCGCUCGCGGCUCGCGCCGAAAAUAGAGAGAAGCGGAGCACCCGCGCUCCAGAGCGCGAGCCGUUCCGCGCGCGGCGCUUCCGCGCGCGUGCUGUGUGAACAGUCUCAUAGGUUAACAUGGGCGCCGAUCCGAAACUCUGUGCGCGGCGCUUCCGUUCCGCGCGCGGCGCUUCCAGUGUGAACCAGGCGUAAGAGUUUACAUGGACGCGUUUCGGAAUGACGAUCAACAUAAACCACCCCUCUCGAUCGGAAUACAAUAUCUUUCCGAUUGAGCCGAAUUGGAUCAGAAUCUUCCUAUCGACAUGAUUACGUGACGCAUUUUUAUUCCGAUCGGGCAUUUAUUCAGAUUAAUAUCAAAGUUCUUGUCUGAAAGAGCUGCUUCUGUUUUAUUCAUCUUCUACUGCUGAGAAAAAUUGUUGCAUCUGAAGCCAACAAACUUAAGAAACAGUAUUGUGAAAGUCUCUUAACUUUAUCAGAUUUUAUGUAUUAAAUAAAUCUGGUUCCUGAAUCUGUGAUGAAACAGAUGCUUGUGUUUGCAGCCAAUAGACAAUCAUAGGAAAGGAAGGCAUGUUCGUGCCCAGGCUUUAAUCCGUGGUGCCAAACUGAGCGACGUGCACCUGUCAAAAAUUUCCUUAUGUGAAUUUGUCAGUCUGACGGCUGGCACUAUCACACUUACCAUAAAGCAAACAGAAGAGUCUACUCUGAUAGUGAAAAAGUUAGUCCUUGGUCAAACCUCAUAGAAACCCUGGUGCGUUGGCCUUCCAGCAGCAGGGUGUCCUGUGUGUCCAUGAGAUGUGACUGUAAAUGACAUUUGAACGAAACAAUGAUGGAGAAGCUGGUGCCUCCUCUCACAUAAGUACAGUUAGAAGCCUGACAAUGAAGUUGAUGAUUUGUGUGAUAAAACAGAACAUCACUGCUGAGAAAACACUUUGCAACAGUGUGACACCAACAUGACUCAAUACCAUCAAGUGUUGCUUCUUGAAAUGUCAGCUGAAAGCAUUUUGACACGUUUCAGCAGGUGAUGGCAGCUACCUACCUUCCUGAGAUAUCAAAGAAAACGCUUCCUUAUCCGAAGAACAGGGUCCUCCUGAAGCUGUAAUGUGGUUUCAUAUUUUCCUCCCACCCUCAGCUUUAGGGCGCUCUAAUGCCGGUCUUUGAGCCGUCUGUAAUGGUGCUAAUGGUGACCUGUUAAUUGUCCUUUCUAACAGCAAAUGGCAGCUAAAUUCGAUGUGUCAAUGCAGCUGUCCCUGAUGGAUAAUGGUUGGUUUCUGCUCGGAAUGGGCCUGAGUUAGUGCGAGGCAAUGAGCUCUAGCAGUUUGAAUCUAUAAAAGAAGUAAUUACUAAGAAAGAAACAUUGGCUGAUACACAAAAGGGACAUUGUAUAGGCGGCUGCGGUUCAUUUUCAAUUGUGCCCAGGGCCUCAUGUGGAUAGAGCCUUGUAGGUAUGGAGUAGACCGGGUAAUUUAAACGAUAAGUUUCCCAGCCUCCACCAUACAUUAUUUCAUAUGCCUCAUGAAACCACAGCCAGAAGGGCAAGAAUCGAAGACUCUUUUUUUUAAAGACCUUUCAGGGGACUUUAAUUAGCAGAACCAACUUCCCACCAGUUCUCUACACCAGUCUGCUCCACUUCAUUGUGAGAUGAGACUCUAUUUUCUGCCUGAAAUGACCAGAAUACCAGUCAUUUUGGGGAGGAUGAUUUAUUCUCCCUAUUUUCAUGAAUGUCAGUGCUACAAAGGUCACUCUCUGAAUAUGUCACAACAUCAUGCUAAUACCAUGAGUUCCUCCCCUAAUGCUGCAGGAAUGUACAUGAAACAGACAGUGGAAUAAACACUGCACACAUCAUGAUGGAUUUAGGCGAGGAGGAAGAAAAAUGGCGAGAGCACGGGAGAGGACAGCAGGUGAUGGCAGGAGGUGAAGAGUGGGGCGAGGAUAGAUGAUGAAUGGGGUGAAAAUUUAAGGAAAAACUAAAGAGUGAAGGAGUAAGGAGAGGAGAAAGUGGUCAGGGGAAACCGUAGAGGAGGAGGAGGAGGUGGGGGAACAAAGGUACACAGUAUUCCUGGGUGAAACCAUCAUUACUAUGAGCAAUGGUAGCAGUCACCGGCCAUUACCUUAGCCAUCCACUGUCAUAAGCAGAACAUUUUUCCUUGCUGCCCCACGUGUCAGGGGAGUGGUGAAGCAGGCUCCUGCAUGCUGAAUAUGUCCUCUCCUCUCUCUCUCGCCCUGCAUGCACGGGAAACCCGGCCGGUGCGCUAGGUGGCUACUUCAUCAUCAGAGGAAGGGAGCUGUCGAUAGCCCCUGGAUGUGAUCAAUAAGGUCUUUUAGAGCUUUCCCUUCCUCGUCCUUUCUGUACCACCUUCUCCACUUUCAUUUUUCAUCCCAAAAUGUGAAAAGGAUCAGUGAAAUAUGAUGGCAAAACAGGGGCUGUUUGUCCUCAUAAAUCAGUCUAAUGAUUUUCCACUGUAAGGUGAACUGCCCGAGAUGACUCCCAUUCACUAUGAGGCAGGUAUAGAGUGUGACAGUUUGGCUGAAAUGAGGGGCAGGUAGCGGGCUUUCGAUUGGUCUUUUAUAGCGGAGUGAGUUCUCAGGCUUUCUAUCAGAGGGGGGAGUGAGUGACGGGCCAUUCUGCUCAGUGAAUACUGUCAUGAUGUGGGCAUUAAGACUCACUCCUGGCAGAAAGGUUCACAGCGCUGCUCAAUGAAUGUGCAGCGCGGAAGUCAACUAGCGGGCCCGGCGGCUGUCAUCACAGCAUGCUUAUUUCUCUCUCUUCCUUUAUUUUUUUAUUUCUUUCUCUCUCUUUCUCUCUCUCUAUCUGUCACUCUGGUUCACUCUCUGCAUCAUUAAUUGAAAUAGCUGCUUGUUGAAACAAGUCUGCCAAGUUUGCUUUCAUCCAUAUGGGGGAAUUCAAGGCACAUCUGAGUCUAACACAAUUUAUACAGUUAGAUUUGUCCUUUGGGACGUCACCCCUCAGUUACCGGUGCAGCAGCACUAAUCCUGUUUACAGUAAAUAUUGAAGUAGCUUAAUAUCAGCUAUUAAAACUGUUACAUCUAAAACCAUGAGCUUUUUCUCUGAGUUUUUAAGCAGAACCAUAAGAGAGGCUGAUAUAUUGGGCUGAACUGCUGCUGCCUGUUUUUAAUAUCCUCCCCAAUAUGAUGCCAUAAAGAUGAUAGUCGUUUUUACUUAACUUUUUGCAGGAUUUACGUCACAUUCAACAUUUAGCACCUGACACCAGGUAUUAAACUGCUGAUUUAGGGAGCGGGUGUGCUACUAUUCAUAUUAACAUUACAGUUGCAUAGCUGCAGGGAAGGCUAGAAAUUUCAGCACUCAUUUUCUCAGCUGUAUUUGCCCACUACGCUAUACAGGAUUGGAGCUGUGACUUGAAAUAUUAUUAUGAGCUAAUCCAAUAUUCUAUUUGUAAGGUUUUAAAUUGAGUUUAAAAUGUCAAUAUUACUUCAAAAGCUAGGCUGUUAACUGGAUUUAUGCCUCGACUCGUGUUCUGUUCUGCACAAUUUGAAGUAAGAUGCAUUCGUAGUAUCUCGCCACUCUAUCUUUACUUUGUUGGAAUAAGCAUGUUAUGGGGAAAGAUUGAGAGGAUGGAUUGGAGCAUUUAUGUCGUAGGCGAGUUUUUAACUACUUCAGAAACAGGCUAAAUUGAAUAUGAUGCUUUUUUAAUACUGUUAAAAGCAAACAAGACCAUCAUAAACAAGAAAAAACAUCAUUAAGUUGUUUUGAUUAGUGAAACAGCUCUGAGGUGGUUGGUGUCCAACUUGUUGACUGACUGUAAGUCCAAGUAACACCUUUAUAUAUAUAAAAAAAGAUAAACAGUGCAAACACUCACCAUGAGUGAUGCAUUUCACCACUAAAAGACAACAGGAUUAUGAAUUUACAUUUUCAGGACAUAAAACAAGAGGUAUCACUUUGUCCAAACUGCUUCGAAUCAAAAUUCCUCACAGCAGCUUUAAUGUACUGUGAAUGUGUAGUCUUAUGUUUCAGUAUUGUCUCUGAAACAUUUAGUUGUAGAGAGCAAAGUGUUCUGGCUAACCUUAUCCUCGCUGACAGCUCAUUUGCAAACUUUUUGGGGCUCUGACGGUCACCUUUUGUUACAAGCGAGUUCGUGCUACAAGCAGCAGGGCUCUGCAGAGGACCUCCGGCUGUGCUCCAGGCUGCUCAGUCUGUGCUCAGCUUUCUUUGUGUUAUGAUUAAUAUAGGAACAUGAAACAGUGUUGAAAUACAUCGUUUUCAUAUAUACAGUAUAUUAGAGAAUUAAUACUAUAUGGCGCAGGAGUGUUGAGUCUUCUCCUGGCAUCACCUGCAGCAAAAAUGGGGAGCAAUAAACGAUCAAUAUUAAACAGGAACACAAUCGGUACAGGGCACCUUUAAAAAAAACAAAACAAGGUGAAUGACAGUUAUUAAAAUUGACUGUGCUUCCAGCCAUAAAUGCCUUGCCAAGAAUGUCACUAAAAAAUCCAUAGGACAGUUUCCAUCACCUCAGGAGUUUAGCUUCAUCGAUAAUGCAUAUGAAAAGGAUGAGUGAUGGCGCCUAACGGCUUCAUAAAACCCCUAUGGCAAAAGGAGAGGGCUGAAUCCACUUAAAAGCAGCAUUCCUCACAUGCUGGAGCUGAGGGAAAGGCCUGAUUGUCUGUCUGAGCCGUGCCGGUCAUGCUCCAUACUGUCGGAGCAAAUGAAGUCAAACGGAGGCUUAAUUACAGCGAUAAGUUGUUGCCCUGCGGCUAAAAACAUCUUAUCACUAAACAGCUGGGAAGAAUUUCUAUUAUAAAUGCAUAAUUGGGUCCAUGGUGACUGUCAAAGAGACUUUUUUUUUUCAAGUACAACAAGGCCUCCUGCAGUGUUUUCUCUCUUACCUCCUUGGGGUGUGUGUUAAUAUAAUGUGUUUUCAGAUUUUUUGUUUCAGCACAACUUGUAAAAUCCACGUAACUAAGCUUUUAAAAUCCAUUUAUUACAGUCGUGGCCGUGUUGUAGCGUUAUUGUUGCAGCAGAGCCCCACAGUACACUCUGUACGUUUCUUCAUAGGACAUUUAGUGUGCAUAACACUGUUUGAUUCCCGGCUGAUUGUGCAGCGAAGCUUCCCUUCUCUGUAAGAAGCUGCUCGAACAAAAUGGUUAGAAACCUCAUUACAAGAUGUUUUGCUUUUGGCAAUAGAAAGGGGCAUCCUUUAGUGCAUGUUUCUCUGCACAGCACAAAGUGAUCUCAGGGCUCAGGAAGAAAGAAGAGCUGUACUUUUCAUGUGGAAAUUUUGCCUCUUUCUUUGAGAUACACUGCAACUUUUCCCACAGCCAACAUGGAAAAGAGGAUUAAGGUGGUUGUUUGCUGAGUAAGUGGAUGUCUUGGACCCCUCAGAUGCUUUGAAAGCGCUAUAUAAGAUAAUUGUUGUAAUUACACAUACUUACAGUCCCCCCUGUCUUGAUAGAAAUGUAGAGACAAAUGUAAGUGGAGAUAAGACUGAUGCAAAAGCUGGGGAAAAAAACAAAGAUAGAAGCACUUUUGAAUAAACGGACACGCAUAUUGUUCAAUACAAACAAGGAAGUCAAACCCGGGGCACUCAAAACUUGGAGGAUUUAUGUAAUUAUCUCCAAGGUUCCCAGUUGCCCUCUUUGUGUAACUCCUCCAAUUUUCUCUGUCUUUGUCUGUCUUUCUUUUCUCCCCCAUUGUGUCUGUGGUCCGAUUCUCUUCUGCUCCGUUUCUCUUACUCAAAUACUGUUGCAAUCCUCAACUGUACCGGACGUCAAUAAGCUAUAUGUGCCUAGAGAAUAGCUGGCUGAGCUGCUGCUACGUCUUGUUAUUAUUGUCAAUACAGAUGAAGAGGUGAGAUGUAAGAGCUACUCCUAAAGCAACGUCUCUGAAGAUGAACUGAGGUUGCUUUUUCUUGACCCUACAUAUCAUAACAGAAAAUUCCCCUUGGUAAUUCCCACAUCUAUUAAUUAUCACAGUUAAGCCAUUUCUUCUUACCACGUGCAACGGAUAUACAUUAAUUAGUUUCAGUUCAGACAUUCAGAUCAACCAACUUGCAUUCUUAAGUGAAGAACCAACACAUAGUCAAGGCUUCUUAGUUUGGUCUUUUAUACUUAUUUGAGGAUUAAUCGUGGUCUCAGGAGAUGUAAAAAGGUAUUGUAUUUUCUGUGUAAGUACUUACACUUCCCACAAUAGUCCUACCUGUUAUCAGUACGGCUACAAGACCACAUUUUAUCAGCUUGCAUCCUCUUUUCGAAAGCGUUCGGGAAGGACGCAGAUAAACAAAAUGUUCCCUAUCUCUUGAUUGGAUCUGCUGAUUGGUUGUCUUGGUAAUGCAGUAAUGUACCAACAGGUUUCAUAUUUUUCUCAAUUGUUGCUACGGGGUCCUCCGAGCCUUCCUCACAACACUCUUACCUUGUUUCAGAGGGGAUCAGAAUGCAAAGCUAUUACACACUGGAGGGUUUGUCUCAAUCACACUGAACGACUGUGAAUUUUAAAUGCAGAGUGAGGGCUCCACAGAGGAGCAAGCAUAUGGGACAAACUCAGUCGGUGGAGUGCUAAUUUGAUUUUUUAAUUUUUUCACAAAUUGUUCCGGCAGCACGGUGUUAGCGAGGGAAAAGAUGCAUUGUUGGUGCUUUAGUCCCUUAGCUCCUUAAACCUCAGCAGGAACAAACUCCCCGCCCCCUAGAAAAAAUAAGUUACCCCCUUAUACUUUGUUGCCUUAGUGAAUAAUCAGCCAAUUUGGUGCUUAGAAAUGACAUCAUUACCGCAUAAUGUUGCAUUUACAUAUCCAAAAUAUGCAUCCAGUUCAUCACAUGGAGGAUUGGAAGCAACAUUACUGACAUAUUUCCAUUAAAGUGUGUUUUUCAGUCCAAAUAGGAGUCAUAAAUUGAGUUUUCACUCUGUUUUUGCUUCCUUGUGUUACUGGAGACAAAUAACAUUCCUGCGUGUCUUUUCUAUUCAUUAUUAAUAGCUCUGGUUGUUUCUCUGUGAAGAUGAAACGCUCUGAUUGGAGUAAAAAUAUGUAGUGCAGUUCAUCCAUGUGACCAGUGAUAAAUCUUUGCCGUCUUUUCUGUUGUUUCAGGUGGAGACAUGGACGACUCCUCCCCUUAUGAGCCUGUAGCUCCAAACCGACAGCCUGAUGCAUUCCGCUUGGCCUCCAUCUCUUCAGGUAUCACAGGUUUGAUUUCAGCUCGACGCUCGGUGCUUUAUCAUUUGAGUUGGGUGUAAAUAUUUGUUCAAAAAAGGGUGAAAUGGAGGUUCCUCAGGUUAAUUUACAAUCAGGCUGACUAUAAUCAGUCAUAUGAGCUCGUGUUGAUUUCUUUUCCUCUCUGGCGUUCCUCCAGUCACCGUCCUUGGUCUCUGAAUAAUUGAGUUCCAGCAUAUUGUUUGUCCAAUCUUGUGACAUACGAUGGCCCUUGUGUUCUUGUCGAAGUAUACUAUAUAUUGUCAGUGUAAUACCUCAUAUUUUUCCAGUUAUUGAUUUGGUUACCGCUUGAUUUCCUCUUUGGACCUCUAAUUAAACUGAGCACUCAGCAGGGGGCUUAUAGCCUGCUAUUUAAUUUACUGGUUAUUACCGUCACGGUAUCACUAAUCAAUGCAGAUCUUAUUAAAAGACACGGCUACAGUGUUUAAUGCAGAGUGGAGAAGGGAGUUGUACAAUAGGUGUGAUUGGACACAGGGCUGAUGCCUGUCCAUUGCCAGAGCUGCAGGCUACUGUCUCCUGAUAAUUCAAUCGCUUUCUUUCAUCCACAUCUGACAGAAAUUUCCGGAGGAUGUUCUUUUCAAUUUUUUUUCCCCCCUUUUUUUUUGCCAAAAGCAAUUUACAAACACUGAAGAUAGAACAUUCUCCUUUGGUUCAGCUGGUGUAUCAGCUUUGUUUUAUAACUAGGAGGUACAAGAAAGACAUGCUUUUUGCAUAAUCUCCUUAGCUUGAAAUCAGCAGUGUAUCACUUAUUUUCGAAAAUGUGCUUGUUUGAUAGGUUGAAAGAAGGAGAGAGUGCAGAAUGAAUCUGAAAAAAGUGCAGGCUUUGAUUACUUUUGGGUUUCGAAAAUGAUGGCAAACUGCCUUCCUUGAUUUAAGUGCAUAUUCAUGUAGAAAGCCCUCAGAUAACUCGUUACUCUGCCAAGACGGCUGAAUCCUUACAACUUGUUAUUUCAGUUUGUUUGGAAAUGUUCAAAAGUCGCAUCUGGAUGUAAGAAAUACAGCAAGAUAUUUAUAGGUAUAAACAGUUAGUCUGAUUUAAGAUUCAUGUACAUGAAAUUUGUACCAGGAUAUACUUUAAAGUGUGACUUAAAGGGAUAAUCUGGUGUAAAAUCAAUUUAGGACCAAACACACUCUAACACCGAGUUAGACACCCCCUCAAGAGACGAAUGUUGCCGACUGCUUGCUUCUCUUGUUAUACCAACUUUAGUAACAACAGCAUGAUAGCAAUACACAGCAGUCUGAGGAGCCAUAAACAAACCUCGUACAUAUAGGGUCCCAGCCACAGCACUAGCCACCAAACAUCUUUUUAACUUUGCCUAAUUUCUUUAGCAAAGAGACUAAACAUAACUCACCUACUCUCUUACAGCAGCCGCUUGUUUGUAGCAAGACUUCUGACGAUUCCAUUACAGACUGCUGCGGGGUGACGGAGCUCAAGGAAGAACAUUUAUGAUCAUUUCUUCAUGGAAACAUAAUCAGACCGAGACGCUGAGGUAGAAGAACUACCAUGUCUGCAGUGCAAAAUGAUUAGUAUGAUGAUUAUUACUUCAAGGAAAUGAUAAAGGAAAUGAUCAGAAAUGUUCUUCCUUGAGCUGCGUCGCCCCGCUACAGUCCGUAAUGGACUGACCUGAGUCAUGAGUGGAGACAGCGCUUUUCUGCACACUUCUCUUCGUGUUGCUGGUGUAGUAGAAGAAGCAGGUAACAUAGGGGCCAUUCAGCUCUCUGACACUAAUGUCUUUAGGGGCAUGAUGAAAGCUCCGUGAUCGUCCUCUCUAUUUAUCCGAGUGUGACCUGUAUAGUGGGGCUCUGGGGACGGAGCUUGGAUUUGCUACGUAGGAAAUCUCACUGUCUGAGCCUGUGGUUUGGGUCUACCAGAUAUUCACAGCAAUUUGAAUGCAGAAAUUCUCAGAAAUGCAAUUUUGCACUUAGUUUUCUCAUGAUAUGUCCUGUAUCAUCAGAAAAAUGCCAUAUAAACACAUUUUAAAAAAUGAAGAAAAACAUGAUUUUCUUCGGAGUGGGUCUUUAAGUCCAUUUCAGCGUCUCCUGAUUAUUCGGCUCCAAUAUGGAGGCAAAAUUCUUUCAAGUACUGUACAGGAUUGUGAACACAUUCAUAUGCAUAACAAAGGAGAACACAAUAUCUGGACUAAAGACACAAAUUUUCCCUCUCUGUGUUUUGGAGCCCAUUUGUUACGAAGAAUAACAAAAGAGAACAGACGCCUCUUGGUCCACUGGUGUUAGAGUACAGGAGCCGUGUUAAACCAAGGAGUGCAGCACCUUGACAUAUUAAGAUACAACCGGGGACUUAUUACUGUAUCCAGUUUACUGCAGCUGUUUCCUCUAUUCUCUCUAAGGUGAAUUAUUGGAUUUGCUCUAUGAAACCUGUUUAGCCGCAAGCUUUCCUCAUUAUUUAUCAUUUCUGAGGACAGAGUAAUUGAUUGUGGCGCUGAGAGGAAACCACAGGCAAACAGAUAAGUAAUUACACACUUGUUUUAUGGAAAUACUUCUCACUUCGAUUACAAAACCACACAAAAGUAUUCAUAAUCAUGUCUAUAAAUAUUAAACUGCGCAGAGACCUGGGGAGUGUUUGAUAUCUAGUUUGGUUGAUGAGGACAGGGGAAUGUAUACUCUCAGAGAGGAAAGGUGGGAAAUUGAAAAAUAAUCUCUGCUGUUUUAAAAGUUUUUGUCUGAGAAGAAGAUAAGGGGGCAGGACUUGUGAUAGAAAUGAAAUUCUAUACGGCUGUACACACUCACUCUCUGAAGGUAAAAUUAAGGAGAACAUAUGGAGACUCUGCUUCUGUUUCGCCCCCCGGUUAUACCUCCGAAACUAUUUCACACUAGCUUUCUCCUGCAAAUAGGACUGUAGAGUCUUUUCCACAUCUUCAGACUGAGGAUUUGCAUGCACUGUACAAACACAACGACAGUAUAUAAUUCUGUGGAGUUUGUUUCUUGAAUAAGUGCAAAGAUAAGUGCCAUUCAGUGACCAAACUAAAGCCAAAAUGGCUUGUUAAGAAGACAGAAAUGAACCCAGCGUGUCCUAACCUGACUCUGGCUGGCUCUGUGCACCUGUAUCAGCAGUGUUUCCUCACCUUGGUGGAAUCCAGGGCCAGAUUGUCCUCAUCCCACCAGAGUGGGCCUGUUCCCGCUGAUCUCUUUGUGUCUGUGGCAGGAGUGAGGCCCAGUGUGGGUCCUCAUCUCUGAAUGCCAGGACUCUCACCACUCUCACCACUUAAAGUGAGGGUGAAAGCAGGUGUAGUUUGUGUCGUGACAAAGUUGGGGUCACAAAGUAAGUACAGCCCAUUUCACAAUGAGGGUUUGCUAUUUUUCUGAAGCUCUCAGAUGUAGUUGUGUGAUAUAGGACCAGCAAGGUCAGUAUGUUUUUGAAAAACAUGUUUUUGUUUCUCUUGUUUGGAUAGCAGAAUACAAACUUUAGUUUUGAUUAGACUUUAUCGUCCAACUUUGAAAUUCAUUUUCAAAGACAGGUACACAAAAUAUGUGUCGGCAUUUUUGGCAACAGAGGCAUCAUUUUUCUCCAUUCAUCUAAACAAGUCAGUAAGCUUUGAAUAUCAAUCAGCAUUUCAUCUGGUUGCAAGAGUGACCCUGUUAACUGAUGAUCUUCAGAUAAGUGUGUCAGUGUUUUUUUUUUUCUUAAUUAUAGCAGCGUUAAAUAGUCAGUUUAUACUCUUUAGAUACUGCACGUCUUAAAUGAAAAAAUCAAGGCAUUUGCAAGAGAUGCAUUCAGCUCAAAGUCACCAGUUGGCAGGGUCACCUUUAAAAACAAAACACCGACAGCUUUUGUUGCCACAUGAAUGAAACACCUGCUUCUAAGCUCUGUGUUUUUUUCACUAUAUUGCAGGAGCAAUACAAAUAUAACCUAACAGUGAGAGACAAGUUGGGAUGGGGAUUGAAACCUGACUGGUUCCAUUAAAAACCUGGUUCUGCAUUUUGCAGAGAAAUCAAUAACCUUUAAGCGUAUCCAGUCUGCUAUCAGGUCUCAUGGGUCCCAUCAGGUAACAUUACACUUUGAGUCAAGUCAUGUCAUAUGAAUCAAAUCAAUGCAAGCCCUUAAAAAGACAGUCUACUUUUAUUUUUUAUUUAGACAGGUAUCAGGUAUUAAAGUCUCACUACCAUCAUUUUUUUUUUACAACUUUAAGUGUUCUCAGUGGUCUUUAAAUUGUUAUUAUGAAGUUUUUAGCCAAAAUCACGAAUGCAGAAAUACACAGAAAUGCAAUUUUGCACUUACUUUACUCAUAACAUGUCCUGUAUCAUCAGAAAAAUGCCAUAUAAACAUGUAGACAACAAGAAAAACAUGAAUUAUUGGAGUGGGAAGAAUUCUGGGAGUCAACAGAUGAUGGCUGAAUAUGCACAGAGGUCCAAAGUGUAGCUACAUUUUCAGGGAUGAUGCAAAAUGCAUUUAAAGUUGCUAAAUAACUUCUUGCAAAAAGGGGAAUGCAACCUCCAUGGCCAAGCACAUCAGCAUCGUGCAUUAACUCAAGCCAGAAUGCAGAACCUUUGACCGUCUGUGACUCAAAACAACUCUGUCAACUCCAGCUGCUAGUGCUGCAGGGGCUGCCAUCCUCCACUUCAUCCAAAACAGCAGGAGUUUAAAACUUUAUAGCAAAAAAUCAAAAUCCAAAGUUGACAUCUGGUCUGUGCAAGAGAUAAUCAUUAUGAGCAUUAGGUGACGUGUGCUUACUCUCUAUCUAGCGCACACAUUGCUAUCACACAGAUAUGAAAGUCUUUGACCAUUUGCCAAAUUAAGUUUGGUGCUUUAUCUUCUCAUGUAGCUUCACUAACUCUACAUCAUCUAAUUUGCUAACUAUAAAUGUGUCUACACAGUUUAUCUUGGAGAAGAACAGGAUGUUGUCGAACACCUACUCACUUAACUGCAUAUUUAAGAUGACUGGGUAUACACUGCAGGGGUUGUUUCUAGCUCGAAGAAAAUCCUCAUUUUUCGGAUCCGUUCUGACACAUUUCAACCCAAUGUCAACGUGGUAUGAUGUUGCACACCUGCUCACCAGACUAGUUAUGGCAGGUUGAUGUUCGCGCCUGUGACCUGUGACUGCACGUCUCGCUUUAUGAUGCUUUCAGUGUGAAGUCGGCGGUCAGUUUAUGAUGACGAUGAAGCAAACAGGUCAGUAAAUGUGUGGAAGACUAUUCUGACAGCAGGCAGGAAGGAGCGAGUGACACCCUGUUACGAGCGAGUGGGAAUGCUGUUAAAAAUUUAGUCUCUCUCUGGGAGAGUUGUUGACACCUAGAGGGCCCGCAGUAUUGUUUAUACCUGCAUUAGUAAUACUGAGCCUUUGUUUGAAAAACCACUGAUAGUAACAUGUUGUGAACCUGUUGUUUUCUUGCAGGGCUUUGCAGCAAGUCAUCGCCUCGGUAACUUAAAACAACAAUAAUCCCAUCUUGAUCCUUGCAAUAUGCUGAAAACACACUGUGCAAGCGUUUCUGUCAGUCUGAUGCUUUCACCUACAUCUGACACAGAGUGAGUAAAAUAUGGAGAGAGAGAUCAUACAAAAUUUUGACACUUAAGGCUGUGCGAAACACAGACAGCUUCACAUGGAAUCAAACUUUGGAUUCGAUAAAACAGCUGAAUGUUAGUGAGAAUGAGAGAGGUGAAGCUCAGUGAGAUGUGGCUCUUAUUAUCAGUGUCUGAGCUGUGGUACUUCACAUUGACAGAUGCAAAUAACAUUGCAGCAGCACAAAGGAUACCUUAAAUGCACUUCACCUGUGCUCUCUGUUUAGCAGCAUAUAUUAUUACUGAUUGUUACUCAGCACAAUAUAUUUAAAUUGCAAACCUAACUAGCUCAGACGAGUUCAAUCCAGAAUAAACAACUGAUUUAGCUGCAAAAAUGAGUGCCUCUUGUAACCUUGUCUUUACAGUUACUCUAUUUUCUUUAAUAGGAGGCAUUCAGCCGAGUGAAAUAAGGUGCAUGCUACUUUUUUUUCCUUUGAACAAUCUUCAUCAUCAUCAAAUAACAGCGAGUGCUUAGUAAUUCCUUCCCAGAGGAAAUCUAUUGAUACUCAGUGCUCUGCCCCAAACCCCUUUAGUUGAAGGAAUUGAGUGCAGUAAGUAAUAUUGAUGCAUAUUUCCCCUGUCCUAAUCAAAUUGGACUAAAUACCAGCGGGAGUGUAACAGAAUCAACCAAAAAGAUGAAGCAUGAAGAUGCUACAAGACGGCAUUAUUUGUCUUAUUUACAGCCCCAAACCUGCCAGUAGAAGAAAUCAUCUCACCCAAGUUUACCUGUGCUUGUGUUAUUAGUGCACUUAAAGUUUUGCGACGUAUGUUCUCAGUUAAUCCAUUAUUUUUUUUCAUCUUAAACCUUCCUCCUGUGUUAGCUUUUACUACGCACCCUCCAUGUUAAGGGUCGGUUUUGACCCGUGUCUUAAAUCAGCUGUGUCAAUCAAAUUACACUAAAAACAAUUCUUUACCAUCCAAUUUGGUUCUCAUCUCUAGGUUACCUUGUUAGGAUUUAUUAUCCAUGAAAAUAUUGUUUAUAAUAUUUUUUGUGGGCCUUUCUUUGUCAGUAUACCCCUCACACAGACAUCUAUACUAAAUUGAUCUCACAUGUUUGGACAUGCCCGACGUAGUUUUUUAUCCAGGGAGAAACCAGGCAAAAUGAGAAUUUCCUAAAUCUCACAUGAUUGGAAGAGGAUCUGACUGUCAGUGUGGUGCACUUGUGAUUUCAGUUUUUGCUCUAAUUAUUAGAUAUUAAUCUAACUGGGUCAACAGCGAGCCUAACAAGACAAGUGCCGUAAUUUUAAUAAGAGAAUUUUAUAAUUUAGUCAAUUAAAUUUUUUAAUUUUUAUUUUUUUGAUUUAGAGUUUCCUGACAAAGUCAAAAAGUCUUGAUGCAAAAAAAACUAAUUUAAGUGGUUCUCUUAAGCAUUUAAAAUCAAAAACGGGUCGGUGCAGACACUAACACAGGAGGAAGGUUAAAGCAAGCUGAUCAACAAUCCUGAAAUACCAGAUAUUAAGUUUAUUGUAAUGAGUAUUCAUACAUGUGGAGCGUUUUUGCGUUAGUGCAUAACCCCGCUGAAAUAGCCUGGACCAGGAGUUAUUUGGCACACUGUUUGUUUCCUUAGUGUAAAGGCAGGAGUGGUGUGCGAGUCAAUAGACCUCUGCUCAAAUCAAUAAGCCGUCAUGUAUGAAGGAUGCUGCAGAGAGUCCUCCUUCCGCAAUGCCCCGGGACCUUUAUCAAAGUCCAAAUAAAUGCUGCGUUACCCGCUGCAUGCAGAGAUAUCAUUGAAUACGUUUGUUAAUAUGCCUCAUAUGAAAUAUAUUCUGUCCUCUUGACCCAGCGCUGAGCUAAUUAACUUAUUAGGAGCAGAGGGCAGUGUCGAAUCCUGCAUUCCCUCCUGGAAUUAAGUUUAACAUCCUUUAGUUUAGACCUCCUAACUCUAGAGUAGUAAGCCUCUCACCUCUCUGCUCAGUGUGCCCACCAUCCAAUUAAAUCUAGAAAGCUGUUUCUGCAGCCAGGAGGGGGGCUAAGGGGGCUGAAAAGAACCGGUGUAACAGCCGUGCUCAGCAUGCUGUUGAAAUGUUUGACAUUUUCACAUUGUCUCCAGGACAAUAACUAUUACUUAGACAAACACUCAGAUCUUUUUCUGUGGGGGUCUAAGUGUAUGUGUGGAAGUGUUUGUUGCGCAAGAGGGCUUUGUUUGGAUUAUGAUUGUGUGCUUGUGUGUGUGUGUGUGUGCAUGUGUGUUUUUGUAUUACUUUGUUUAUAUGCUUCAUUAUUCUUUGUGAAUUUUCUUAUCAGCUUACCCUCUGCCCAGCAUUAGCAUGUCUCUCUGUGGGUCAGUAAUGAGAGCUGUUGCACGAAACACACUUAUCAGAGGCUCUGCGUUACAGUCAGCGUUUUUAUAACAAGUCUGAAUUAAACAACUGAGAAAAUGUUGUUUUUUUUCUCCCUUUCUUAGUUAUUCCCAACUUGCAUGCAGGUUAAGAGCAAUGAUAUUGAUCUAAUAUUAUGUCGGUUCACCUGACAACACACAUCUUGUUAGAUUAUUUCAGUACAUUAUACAUUAUUUCCCGUGACAGUUGAAGGCGCUAAACAGCAUGCAUAUUAAGACUGAGGAGGCCGCUGAGGACGCUCCCGCUUUGAAUUUCUCCGGAGGAACUCGGAGGCAGAUUCUCAUAAACAGCUCAAGUAUUUAAAAGUGUGUUUACAAUGAUUUAAAAUUCCUUUGGACAUGCCCUCCUCCACCUCCGCACUCAUAUACACACUCGCAAACAUGUCCUCACAUACAAAUAUUUAGUCUUUUUCUCUCAUCAUUUCCAUCUCCUUCACUCGCUCUCUCAUCUGCACUCUGCUUCUUUUCGCAGGGAUAAUUUCUUGCUCAGAGGUAGAAACUCGGUUGAUCCCUGAGAACAGAAGAUUUCAUGAACUCCUCUGCUCUUUCUCGGAUGACGUCUUUGCUUCUAAGUUGCUCAGUAAGGCUUAGGGAGAUGAUGUUGUAGAUCCAGUUCCCCCCUUCUUCCGCCCCUCUGGAGACCCCCGCUGCAAACACAGAGUACAGAGCUAAUGACUGAGGAGGCCUUUGACACGGAAAUGCUUGACAUGCUCCUCGGGGUCCGGACUAAAGACUUCCCUAACAAGCUCUUGCACACUCACCCAGGGUCGUAUUAAAUCCAAACUUUGGCACCUUUCCUAAUUACUGAGAACAAACCCGGAGCCAAGAGCCUCUUCCUAACCUGGGCUGAACUCCCCUCUGUAGCGCAGUGUCCCUUGAGUAUGAGAUGAUAUAUGAAAUGCAGAAUUCAAAUUAGGCUGACGGAGAGCAAUUACUGUGAAAGAAAGAUCCCUUACACUUUGGGAAAAAAAGCAUGCAGAUCCUGAGACAGUGUACGUGAAUGUUUUAUCCACUCUAGUUUAUUCAUGUGUGCCCUGGCCACCUCCCUCACCUCUUUCCCGUCUCUUUAUUAUCCUCCAAUUUUUAUUUUCUGUUUUCUCCACGCUGGUCUCCCCGUAGGUGUCCCCUAUUUCACGUCUUACCUCUCUAACCCUCACUCCUCCCUCUUCAUUCCUUCCUUUCCUCUCCCUCUGAGUGCUGUACUGUAUGCGCGGAAAGAAUAGAUGGUUAUUUCCACUACAUUACCAUCAGUGGGCUCUAAUUUAUGAUGCCCAUAGAGUGGAGUGUGCCCUAUUAAAAGCCUAUUUACAGUCAAACGGCUGGAUCACGGAAAGCAAUGACGGUGCUUUAACUGUAGUUGACUUUCAAUAAACAUUAGGAGGCUGAGGUACACUUAGCAAUUGUGAGUAAACAACAAAAGACAAAUUCAAACUCUAAAUUAAUUUGAUAGCCCACAUUGCACUUCAUGCACACGUUAAAACUUCUCCGCGUUCAUAUUUAGCGUGCCAACAGGUGCCGGCGUGCAAUAAGAGAAAAACAUCACUUAUGCCUUCUUCUGCACUCAUUGACACUGAUUGUUAUCGAGGUUUAUCCCAUUCAUUAGUCGAUCAAUGAAGCUACCCACCCAUCCCUCACUCCGCUCAGACAUUUAGUGCCUUUCCUGUUCAUUAAUGUAUAGUACAACAUCCAGAAAGAUACCGUGGUAGACACGUGCCGACUAUUGUGAUGCUAAGUGCCGAUUGCCUCGCUGAUGGACUGGGUUAAUUAUUCCGAGCCCGUGUUGCGCAUCUUCCCUGAAUUAUAGGCUGGAUUAAUUGAACGCUCUCCAGCAUGUCUCUUUAAGUGUCUGUCCAAUCUGUUAGUCAGUGUUCUCUCGUUUUCAUCUCUCUCGCUCUCGGUCAUGAUCAGCCACUGUAAUCAACCACUCAUCUCCUCUCCCCUCUUAAAGCUUUUUCCAUUUUUGUAUGUAUAUCUUAUAUCAUUAGCUUAUCAACCCCUUUCUCCUCACAUUAUAGCACGAUAUGUUUGCUGAAAACCUCCGUUGUAAUGCACUUGGAAAAUCAAUUAUAACUCUGUAACACAAUACGCCACAUUUCCACUCCCAGCUCCACGUCUCUCCUUCCUGCCUCCUCCUCCUCCUCCUCCUCCUCCUGCUCUUACAGCAUCCUCCUGUUUGUGUGUAAGCACAUCAGGAAGCAUCAAAUGGACUUUGUGUCUUAUGUUUGCCCCAGGACGUCUUUUUGGGGUUGAGCAGCAGAUUCAAUCUCAGCCUCCCAAUCAGAGGUAGUAAAAUCUCGUCAAUUGCUGCAGUCUCAGAAGCGGAUUCAACCGUGCUUGGUCAGAUAAAUCUUAGAGGCUCAUCCUUUGCUAUUCUCUUUUCAUCCCGGACCCCCCUGUGGCCCACAUUAGAGCCUGCAGAUGGCCAGGGGAGAUUUAGGAGCUGCAAUCCAUCAAUGUGAUGUUUCCUGAACCGCUGGACAGCCUGCUCCGCUAACCUCUCUUACCAGCUGGACUGUACCACCCCCUCCUUCAGGCUUGCCUCAGCCCGUCUUGGCCCACUUAAGUAAAACUUUGGCCCUGCUUUGGCCUCUUCCUGCACGGUGCAAAAAGUCUCCUCUCUGUUGGAUUCUGAAUGUAAUCACACAUCAACCAAAGUGCUCCUAGCUCAGCUAAUUAUCUCACUCUCUCUUAAAAGAUUUAAGGUUCCUAACUGCCACAUAAGUAAGUGAUUUGAGCACAAAUCCGUCUGCUCCGUCAGUCUCUUACACUAACAAGAGUUUUUGAUGCUUCCAGACAUCUGUUGUGCAGCAUUUAUCCUCUCCCCUCAGAGAGAGCAAGGAUAAACACGCUGUAUUUGAUGUUACAAUGAAGUCUUAUUCUAAUAAGAGUCAUAAAAGUUAAUGGUCUUAUCGUUCGAACAAAGAGGGAAAGGUUUCUCCCUGGUGGCACUGUGACAUAGACUGAAGAAGACAACGCUAUUUCCAACACCUACAUCUGGUGAACUCAAGACGCGUCUCUUAACACCCUGCUUGUUUUUAAAGCGCCUGAAACAUUUAACCUUGAUAAACCCAAAUGAAAGCACUACUUUAAGCAAGAUUAAGUGCGCUGUCUCCUUACGGUGACGAACUCUGAUUUUCUGUUUCUGCUUUUUUCUCAGUUGCAGACAUGAUCUAAAAGCAUUACAUUUUUAUUUGCUUAUUUUUGCCCUCUUUUCUUGGAUCUGAUGUUUUGAAUGUAACCCCAUUUCUAGGAUUGAUAACAUGUAACACACAACUUGGAAAAAAUACAGCACACCCCCUCUAAAAUAAACGCUCUUCUUCCUGCUCGGGGCUGUCUGAUAGACACAGAGUGAGAUUGGUUCUGUUGAAUAAGAGAUGAAUCUCUCUGGGUGUCACCAUGCCGCUACGACCUCUGAAAUAUCAUUAUCUACAGGGGAGGGAGGUUAACGUCUCUAAUAUAGCCUGAAUACAAGAGAGGGGUGCCACAAGUGAACACCAUCCAGCUUUAUUAGCGCUAUAUCUCAAGAAUAGUCAUGUUCUUGCUCUCCGACUGCGGUAUACGCCGAACACCUAAUGACAUUAUCUAUUUUCCACAAAUAUGAUGUACAGCCGGAGGGGUAAUUGAAAUUUUUCUGGUUUUGAUCACCCUGAAAGACUCAAUCUUGUGAUGCAUCAUAGCCUGUAAAAAAUUUAAGUUAUCCUUGAGCUUAGCAUGUAGCUGUGCAGCUGUUACAGUAUUAAAGGUGUCCAGAACUCAAAUCAUUGAGCGUCUUACGAACAGGUUUCUUGUUUGCUUUACAUUAUUUCUAUCAAACAGGCUGAAAUAUAAUUUAAAUAUCAUUAUCAGUCAACUAAGAAUCUGGACAUAUGCGUGUUACAUUGAGGUAACUAGGUGUUUUAUUAAUAUUUCAUGAACACCAUAGAAUUACCUGUACAUGAAUAAUGCAUGAAAAACCAAUUUGGAAUCAUAGACUAAUUCAUUCGUAUUUCACUCAAGGUUUGAAACAGACUGAAUCAAUAAUUCAGUCAGGGUGGAUGUGGGUUACUUACAGGCAUCCCUCCACUGGUUUACUGCUGGUAGAAACAAAGAAAUGUGGUUCAUCAUUUUCUCUACAAGGCCAUAUGAAAAUACAUGAACUGCUUUCUUCUGCAUCUCUUCGACUGACUCCCAAACUCUCAUGUGGUGCUUUUGUCGAAAAUUGUAGUCUGAACUGCAGGGUCUCUUGGAAUUAUAGUAUUUAUGUAUGGACAGGAUACAAAAAACAGGAUUAAGAUGAUUUGACUCGGAUGAAUGGGCAUGACCUGGAGCUGAAUGCUGCGAAUUCAAAGUCUUCUGUUGGUUUAACAGUGUUGAUUGUUCUUGAUGUGAAACCUUUUACGCUCCCGCCUUUGCCUGGACCCCCUAACGGAGGGAUUUCUGAUGGGAAUAUCACAGGCUGUAGGUCCCCUCAAGUACAAAAGUGUAAUAUUUGUAAUGAAAUGAUAUAUUAGUUUGACAAGCGCUUUAAACAGCACUGGGUUGCACCACCUGUACAUUAGUUUAAUUAUAGGCUAAUUUGAUUGUAAUUUCUGAUUUAGGAUUCCUGCUAAUGUAUUUUAAAGACAGUUUGGUAAUACUUUAUUUGAUGCCUAUCUCUAUAAAGCUUUAUAAAGAUAUUUUAAAUGCGUUACAAUCAUGUUAUAGCACUGUAUAACUAAAGUUAUAAACACUCAUAAAUGAUCAUAAUACUUUAUCGCAAUAAUCAUAACACAUUAUAAAGCAUUUUAUCAUGACUUACAAGGUCAGGUAUUAUAAUGUGUUAUAACUGUUAACAACUCACUGAUAACGCCCACAUAGAUAAUACAUUAUACAUAUAUUUAUGAUGUGUUUUAAUUUGUUUAUAAACUUGUAUAACUAUCAUUAUAAACACUUAAUAAUUAUCAUAAGUCUUUAUUACAUUAGGCAUAACACAUUAUAAUUCCUGACCUUUUAAGUCAUGAUAAAAUGCUUUAUAAUGUGUUACGAUUAUAAAGCAUUAUGAUCAUUUAUGAGUGUUUAUAACUACUGUUAUACAGUGCUAUAACUUGAUUAUAACGCAUUAUAAAUAUAUUUAUUAUGCAUUAUAGAGAUAGGUGUCAAAUAAAGUGUUACAGAUAGUUUCAACAUAAACACGAGUUUAAAGUUAAAUCUUACACCAAGCUCUGAGUAGGUGUAAAUUCCUUCUUAAAUGCUAGUUGUGAUAAGGCAUCAUUUUAAAAGAUGGGAUAACUUGUAAGAGGAUGAGGAGCAGAGAGUUUAACUUAAUGCUUUGUGUGAGUAACAUGUUUUCUGGGAUAGACGGCUGAUAUUCUUAGCCGUACGCCUGUUGAAGUAGAGUUGGGCAUAGGAGUAAAAGCAAAAACCCACAGAACUUAAAUCUCUCUCCUGUCCUCUGUUUCUUUUGUCAGGGAUGCUCACCGUGGCCCCUAAAGGUUACCAGUGUGUCGAUCCAGAGAAAAACUGCAACCCCUGUCUCGAUGCAGCCAAAGCGUGCAAUCUCAACGGUAGCUGCAAAAGACAACGCUCUUCCUACAUCGUCACCUGCAGCAAGGAGGACCCCAACAAGGGCGAGAGCUGCAACAAGAAGCGCUGCCACAAAGCUCUUAGGUUGUUUUUGGAUCGCGUGCCCGCUGAGUUCAGCCACCGGCUGCUGUUUUGCCCCUGCCAGACCGAGGGUUGUGCAGAGCGCCGUAGACAGACGAUCGUUCCCAAUUGCUCAUAUAAAGACAAAGAGAAACCCAACUGUCAGGAGCUGCGGAGGGUCUGCCGCCAAGACUCUCUUUGCAGGUAAGAAAGGGGUAUGAUUUGGGGUGGGAGGUUUUUGAAAGAAAGUGGUAAAGGAGGACGGAAGGGUUUUCUGUGCUCUAUGUAUGUAAUAUGAUCAGGGCCAAGGGGGCAGAAAUUCUCAUUAUGUGAACGCAUGUUUCAUCAUCCGACAGACAGACUGAAGGGCUCUGUGUUUGAGACAAGCUACUGCCAAACACAACUCAAGAGUCAUAAUUAUCUUCUUAUAUUCAUGGAAAAUAAAAAACAAGAAAAUUGAAAACAAACACAUCCCACUUUGACAGCAGUCCUCCCUCCUGUGACAUCUUGAAGUUGUAUAUUUCCAUCCUGUAACUUUGCCAGCAAAGUAAUUAGACUUCCAGGGAAGCUGCAGCCAUUAGACGCAGGAUGAAGAUGUGAGGCUAAGUUGAAGGGACAACGCUCAAUUAAGCCGAACAAAACAUUAGUGGAUCGCAUUGCCGGUAUGGGGCCUCUAUUGGAUUCAAGCGGCCGGAUUCAAUUCACACCUACCCAGCCGUGACAUGUUUCCCUGUGUUAGUGCUGCUGAGAGCAGGUGAAACACAGCGGCUGUACGAUCAGCCCAAUCAGCUGUCAAGAUCUUUUUAACCCCUGAGAAACAUGUGCGUUUGGUCAUCACAUCCAGCCAUUUACAGGGGCUCUGCUCUGUAUCAUUAGUCAGAGGAAUAAGAAAUGUAGGACAUGGAAAUAAUUUUAAACAUUUAAAAGCCCAUUUAUGAGCGUAAUGGGGUUUGACCAGAGCGUUCUCACAGCUAAAAUUAAUACUCGUGAUGAGGACUAUCAGACGGAGGAAGUUUUUUCAUGUCUCAGUGUGACAGAUUAUUAGGCAGCCGUUAUAAUUCAGUAACUAACAGUGACUUGUUUUUGUCAGAGUUGUGGAUUUUUUUUCUUUGAGUGGCUGUUGAACUUAAAUAGUCAUGGGUGGUGAUAGCAUCUUAACUGUUUUUUUACUCAGAGUUAAUUGCAAGAAAAUAAGACGACAGCCACUUCUUUUGAAAACCGCUUUGAGUCAUUGUCAGGGAUGGCUUUAACAGGACAAGUUUGAGGAACAUAUGCUGUUGGUUUUUAUGAAGAAGACACAAGAGCUAACACUGGAGAAAACUACUUGAAGUGUAUUUAAACUGUAUGAAGUUUUGGUAAAACAUAAUUUGAUGCCUAUUUCUAUAGCACAAUAUAAAUAUAUGUGUAAUGCGUUAUAAUCAUGUUAUAGCACUGUAUAACUGUAGUUAUAAACACUCAUAAAUGAUCAUAAUGCUUUAUCGCAAUAAACAUAACACAUUAUAAGGCAUCAUGACUUACAAGGUCAGGUAUUAUAAUGUGUUAUAACUGUUUACAUCUCACUCAGAACGUUUACAUGACACUUGAGAAAAAAGAAUUAUUGCCUUACUCCAAUUAAGACCCGACAAUAGAAGUGCAUGUAAACACCUUAGUCCGACUAUAAUCUGAGUUUGAGAACUCAAAUUAAGACACACAGAUAAUGCGAUUGGAUUUCAGUUUUCUCUACCAUGUAACCAGAGUAGUCGGAGUAUGAUCGGACAAUGCAUGUGCUCGUGCGCCAUGCCUUCGUAACCCCAGAACAAAAACACCAGGGAAGAAGUGGCACUAUCAUUUAAAGCAAUUUUGACUCAGAGGCAACUGCAACAUGGCUGAAGCACGAAAGGAUGUCCACUUUUGGAACGACGAGGAGAGUGCCGUUAUGCUUUCUGUCCUGACAGAAAUGGACAUUUUAAAGUAUAUGGACGGUCCCAAAACAAGGAACGGAGACAUUUUUAAAAAAGGUCUGGAAACAGCGCAGCUGAAAAGACCCAUAUUGCCCCCUAGCUUUGGGGAGGAGGACAUGUUAACGUCAAUAAUUCGAUUUUCUCAGCUGCAUGUAAACGUGGACAAAGAGAGAAGUCCGAUUUGGCAAAAAAAAAAAAAAAUUAUGAGCUUAGUCCAAUUAAGAUGUGCAUGUAAACGCACUGACUGACAAUGCCCACAUACAUAAUUCAAUGAAACUGCUGUUAACAGUUAUAACACAUUAUAAUACCUGACCUUGUAAGUCAUGAUGAAAUGCUUUAUAUUGUGUUAUGAUUAUUGCUAUAAAGCAUUAUGAUCAUCUAUGAGUGUAUAUAACUAAAGUUAUACAGUGCAAUAACGUGAUUAUAACGAAUUAUGAAUAUAUAUAUAAUGCGUUAUAGAGAUAGGCGUCAAAUAAACUGUUACUGAAAUUUCUAAUGCAAAGAUUAUUAAUAAAAGGAAUGAUCUGUAUGUGUAGGAAUGUUGUGUUGCGUCCUUGUUGACUGUUGUUGUGCCCUCUUUUGAACAGAAUAGGAUGAAUUGUUUCCGAACAAAACAGAAAAGAUUUACAGUCACAUGAAAUUCAAAUUAGUCUUGCUAGCCAUGCACAAGAAUUCCUCGUGAGAACUUUAUCGAUGCUGCGUCACAUUUAUCCUCUUUCCACAGAGCCUCGGAGGCUGAGCGUUAAUGGCAAAAACCCAAUUCCUCUCCUCUGACACUAAAUCUGAUAGCCACGCUGCUAAGCAGGGGAACUCCAUCGUCUCCCCUCCCGAUUUAUGAUUGUCUUAAUAAUUACCUGCUUGCCUGCAUUGUGUAAUCUGUUUUCAGGUUGAGUUGCUUUCUGUGACCUUUGGGCCUGCAGGUGUCUGCUGUGCACCUCCUUAUUGAGAAAGAUGAAAUAGAACGUUAAAGCUCAUUAUCUGUGGCUUCGUAAUGCCCCGCUGAGGUCAACAGCUCGAUGAGCACACACACACUCAUGCACUACAGACACAUGCUGGCCUGCUCCGACAACCACUCAGGGGCCAGACACACACACACGGGAACACACACAUUCGCACACAACCACUUUGAGCUUGAAUGUGUCUCUAAUAAUGCGUUCAGGAGCAUGCUGCUUUCUCCUGUAGAGACUAAGUGCUGCCAUGCAAGAGAACCUCUGAACAAUUCAAUUAAAGUGAGAUGUCAACGGUCAGUGGCAGGCUGACAAUGGUCCUGAUAGAUGAUUUUUUGAAGGUGUCCACAAACACCACUACCUUGUGAGAUACUCCUGAUGUGUCCUCUCUGUGUGUCCAUGUCUCUCAUCUGUCAUUACAGGACUGUCCAAGGUCCUGGAAAGGCCUUUAGAGUAGUCAAGAAAGGUGGCAUGUCUUUAAUUUGUUCUGCAUUCAAAGUACAAACAUGAUUUUUUGAUCCUGCUCUUAGACUCAAUUCAAUAACUAGAGUUCGUUCUAUGCGAUAAUGGUAUUGCAUUUUAACUACGGAUGCACCAAUCCGAUAUUUGGAUCGGAUAUUGGCUCCGAUAUUGACAAAUUAACUGGAUCGGCUAUCUGAUGAAUGGCGCUGAUCCAUUGAUUCCGAUCCAGUCUUUUUUUUUUCUUUUGAUUAAAGGGAUAUUCCAAUGCAAAAUUAAGUUAGGGUCAGACACACCGUAACACUGAGUUAGACACCCUGUUGAGAGAUGACUCUUGCAGACCGCUUGCUCCUUAGUAACGCCCGCAGAUAGCAGUACAGAGAGCCACGCGCUGAACCAAAAAGCCACUCUAUAGCCACAAAUAAUGUGAAUAAUAAUAACUCACCCUCUCUCUUCCAGCAGCCACUUUUCGUAGCAGACCUCAGGCGAGUCCAUCAACUACAGCGGGGUGACUCAGCUCAAGGAAGAACAUUUAUGAUCAUUUCCUCAUAUAAAUGCAAUCAGACUGAGACGCUAAGGCAGAAGAACUACCGCGUCUGCAGUGCAAAAUUAAUAAUAAUAUGAUUAUUACUUAAAGGAAAUGAAAACGAAAUGAUCAUAAAUGUUCUUCCUUGAGCUGCGUCACCCUGCUGCGGUCAAUGGACUCGCCCGAGGUCUGACUACAAACAAGUGGCUGCUGGAAGGGAGUGGGUGAGUUGUGUUUAGUCUCUUUGCUAAAGAAAUUAGGCAAAGCUACAAAGAUGUUUGGUGGCUGGUACUAUGGCUGGGACCCUCUAUGUACUGUUGAUGAAGUUAGGUGCUGUUCUGAGCAUUAUUUGUGGCUAUAGAGUGGCUUUUUGGUUGAGUGCCUGGCUCUCUGUAUUACUAUCGUGCGGUCAUUACUGAAGUUGGUAUAACUAGAGAAGCAAGCAGUCGGCAACACUCAUCUCUCGAGGGGGUGUCUAGCUCAGUGUUACAGUGUGUUUGACCCUAAAUUAAUUUUAUACCCGAAUGUCCCUUUAAUAACAGCGACGCAUAUUUAUAUUUAACAUACUCUAUAUUUUGUCUGUCUAUCUUUUUGUACAAAAUGUUUACAUGGAGGUCAUCUUCAUUCAACCUUAGACUUGGAUCAGUAUCGGUAUCGGCCGAUACGCUCAGCCCAGGUAUCGUAUCGGUAUCGGUAUCGGAUUGGAUUGGAAAAAAAUGGAUCGGUGCAUCUCUAAUUUUAACAACAAUAUGCAAAGCUAUUGCAAAACUUUUGUAAAAUGCACAAGUUCCUGCAUGUGCAUUCAGCGCCAAAGAAGAGCAAGACAAACCCUGUCUUCCUGAAGGAUGCCCUGUCUGACAACAAGCAAGAGGGGAAAUCACAAGUUUCCUGAGCCUAUUUCAUUUAACACUAGGACUGAAAUGAGAAGAGGAGAACGAAACGAGAAGAGGAGGAGAGUAAAAGGAGAGACAAUGAGAGGAAGGAGGGGGAGAGCGAGGGAGGGUCACAGAAUCAAUGUGAGCUGUGAAGCUACUGCAGUGGGUUGGAGGUCAGUGGUUUGGUCACACAGCUAUGGAUCUCUGCAGCAGACCCUGCAGGCCAUUGCGAACACAAGCCUGACACUCUGCAACACACUCUGACAAAGAAAGGAUCAGAGCCCAGAACACUUGCAGCUCUAAACAAGCAUAAGAACGCUCACUGGUUUGUUUUAUUAAUAAUUUAGGUUUGGAACUUUACAGUAUGGAGAAAAAGACCUCAAAUUUCUUUCGUUUUCAAGCUUUACCUUGAGCGCUGGGUGCCAGAUUGGCUGUGAAAUCACCAUUGGAGACCAUUCAGAUUGUUCCAGGUGGAGCCCAGAGCUCAAUCAAACGAAAAAUAAUUAUUUGAAAGGCUUUCAAAUGUACAAUUUUGGCUUGGGUUUGGGUGCCAUAUUGCACAGAAAGAUUUCAUUCUCCUUCUGCUCUCUGUGGAGGAAAUUGCUGACAUACUCUGGAGAUGUUGGGACUGUAGAUGGACAGAGAACAAGCACUUAAUGGAGCGGCUCUUCUUUCUCACGCCUGGUUGUUAUUUUUUGCAGUUAUUACGUUACUUCCUUCCAUGUUUCUGCUCUGACUGACACAACCAGACAUCCCUAUUUUUGUUGCAGUUCUUCUUUUCUUCUCAUCCUUUCCACCUUGUGUUCUCACCAUCCUUCCAAUGGAGACCACAGCUAUUCAUGUGGGACCACAGAGUCCACAGAGUGACAGUGGGCUAUAUUUGGAUGUGCUGUUUGGGUGUUAGCGUAUGUGUGCAUGCAUGUAUGGAGGCAGAAUCUGCUUGUCCGCUCCAAUGUUAGUUCACGUAACACAGGUCCAGUCGAGCCUAACCCAAAGAGCAUUGAGUUGUAUAUGUGUAGAGUAUUGACUGCCUUAACGAUCAAUGCAACACUUCUAUCUUUGAUUUAUAUCCCCUGGUCUCUGAGCUCUCUGGGUGCUCUUUGAUUGAGUUCUUUGGCCACUGGUUAUCAAAGUGGAAAGCUGAGAGACAAUCGAUCACUGUACAGGUAACCUGACCCACUUUUGGAAAUAUGCUUUACUAGGCCGCCUUUGCUGGCAGAAAACUCACAAGGUACUGCAAUUCCUCUUUCUUUACUCUCUCUCUCACAUACACACACUGGCCUAAAUCAAGAGUCCGCUCUGCUGUAUCUGACAACACAAGCCUCCGCCGAGGGUGAACUGUGUUGGGAGAAUGACUGGCCCAGAUGGCAUUACCGUGUAGCACCGGAGACGAGGCUGAAAGAAAUCAGGAUGUUGUUGUACUUUUAUCAUCAGUUUUUCUCACUUUCUGUCUCUCACUUCUUUACACGCAAUAAUACACUUUUGGCUUUUGUACUCGUGAGGACGCUCAGUGUAUUCCCUGUCCAAUAACCCCUCUCUUACCUCCCGUAUACACUCGUCCAGUCAGUUUUCAGUGAUAGACUUUAAUGAGCAACAAAGACCAGACUGUGUGGAAAUAUAUUUCUCAGGGAUUUAACCACAAUUUUUGCAAAAGGUUAUGGUUGGAACAGAGAUUCAAGUGAAAAUAUCAGAGCUUAAUGUCCGAGUUUUGGAGUAUGCUCAACUCAAAUAUGACAUAAAGUACUCAUUAGGCCCAGAGUGGAGACUGGUAGGAUGUAUCAGAGAACAGUAUGUUAACUAUCACAUCAUGCAGUGAGCAAUUUUUUACCUUAAAACUUAUUUUAUGAUUUGGAAAUAGUUCAAGAAUAAAGGGAGAAUAACAACGGAUAUUUGUAAGGUAGUCUGCCUAACUAUGGUGAUGAAAAAACUGCUUCUUUAAACUCGUUGCAUCGCCUCUAGCACUGCGUGUCAGCACUGGUGUACUAUUGGUCUUUAAGUAGUUUGUGGCACUUACUAAUGUUGUUCUCUCCUGUCUGGAUCUUUACUUGUGUUGUACUUUCUUUUAGAUGUUGGUCUCUUUAGACUAAAGCGUCUGCUGUAUGGAGCUGGGGAGCAAUACUGAAUUGGUGAUCUUUUUUUUGUGGGUCUGUCUGCUCCGACAAACAAUUGCACACAAAACCGCAGGCUAGCAGAUCGGCCUCAGACCUCCCUCACUGUCAACACAAACCUGUUGAGGCAGGUCACCUUCAUAUUGGUCUGAAAUAAAAUAGAAGAAAAAAAGUUUUUGACGCACAAAACUCUUGCAGACUUCCCACAUUUUUCCUGGUUGGCUGCUGUGACAACACAAACAGCUUAAAUUUUCACCCAAAACUUUACCUGACAGCCCCCUGUUAAAAUUCCCACCUGAAUUAAAGACCCACUUUGAUGAAAAUCAGGUUUUUCUUAUUGUCUACAUUUUCAUAUGGCAUUUUUUAGAUGCAAGAAGACAUAUCAUGAGGAAAACUAAGUGCAAAAUUGCAUUUUUAAUUUUUAAUCUUUUAUUUUGGUUUCUCUUGCAAUAUGAGCUAGGCGCAAUAUUUGUCAUUUGUGAUCCCCUUGGUAAGUGUUUCUGUGUUUGCAUGGGGCUUAUUGUUGGCAUUUAAUAUUGUGUUAUUCAUUUAUGUUAUAUGAUCGUAUUGUAUCAAAUCGUAUCAUAUUUGAUUAUUUUCCUGCCUUCAAAUCACUGUGAACCUCUGGCAGACCCAAACAGAUACAGUGAGAUUUCCUACAUCACAAUUCCAAGUUCCACCCCCUGGAGCCUCUCUCUGCAGACCAGACUCCGGGAGGUAGAGAGGACAAUCGUGGAACAAGUGUGUGCGGUAGCGGAUUGCAGAGCUCCUAAGAAAGCUAAUUAUGAUAUUAGCUUAGGGUCCGAGAGCUGGAUAGCUCCUAUAUUACAUGCUACUUCUGCUGCACUGGCAAUGUAAGGCUGCAAGCUAGCGUGAAGAGGAGCGUGAAGAGCAGCGCUGUUUCAACCCGCUACUAAGAGCCGAACAGCUAAUGGGCUACUGGAGCUCUGCAGAAGAAAAGUCCUUGAAAAUGACACUUUAAAUGGUAAAAAAGAAAUUUUCAGAAAUUUUAAGGGCGGACCAUUGUGUGAAAACCGUUGGAAAUAUUUGAGAAAGUUAAUAGCAAGCCCAUUGGCAGGGCUGAUGACAUUUGCUCUCCUGUCAAAAAAUGGAAGAAAAUAAAAACAAGGCGUAGGUGUACUGCAAGAAUAAAGGUGAGCAUGGUUUGGUACUUUGUGAUAACAGUAUUCAAGAUUUCAGGAUGGUUUGAUUCUCUAUUACAAGUCCUUAAUGAAGAUUUCAAGUGUACCUUGGUAGACAGACAUCCUUGAUCAAAUAAUGGUCCUGAUGUUAACAAGUACACAGGAUUCAGGCUCUUUGCUUCUAGCGAGCACUGUUCACCUCGAUGUGUGAACCCAUAACAGCAACACGUUAGAGGAUGAAAACACAAAGUGAGACUUCCUUAUAUUCACCUCUGCUCCACCACAUGUUCUAUAUACAAUUUACAAGCUAUUGGGAGGAAUCUGUUUCUUAUAAGCAGCAACACUGACAAAGUGAGGGAAAUACAUUAAAACUAACAAACGAGAAAUGCUGUGAGCUCUCUGCUAUUUAUGCACACAUUGUUGAUAAGAUUAUUGACUUAUAUUCACAGGUUUAAACCUUUAAUUUUUUAAUCUCAGUUGUAGUAAGAAGUCUUAACUCUGAAAAAAUCCUGGACAAAAAGCAAAAACUAAGAAAUUGUGCCGGUUUUCACAAAUGUCUUCACAGAGUCCUCAUAAGGACGGCAGUGUGAAAGCAGACACACAUGAAAAGAUUUUGCCGUACUUAACUUUAAGAGUCUGUGCUAAAAGAAAUAUUUCCACUGUUUCUAUCUCCUCUGGUUACAAUACAUGGAAUAAAAGAGAAGUGUCUUUUUAGAUAUUGUUAAGCUCUGGUUUUGCAAGCGAAGCAUGUGUCAAUUGGUGACCUUUUCCUCAUAUAUAGUACAGUUUGCCGCAGUGUGCGGCUUUAAUCAGGCCUCAGCUUCGGCAGAGACGUGCUCAGAUUUUCCCACUACACACAAGAGAGGAAAAACAGGGCAAAAGGAAGGUAAGAAGGAGAGAAAGGAAGAGAAGUAAUGAGAGCGAUGGGAAGGGAGCUGGAAAGAAAGAGUUGUGCAUUUAAUUCCAAUACAUGGAUUAGAAUAUACCCAUUUAGUUUCCUAACCGUAAUCUCUGAGGAAACAUGGUUUAGCGGAAGACGGCAGUCAUUACAGACUAUGGGCCUUAUCCUUCCAUCACAUUCUCCUACUCUAACUGCACCAUAUCUAUUAUUAAUGCAAACAUUAUCAAUAAGACUUCAGACUUUUACAGCAUGGUCAGUGUGUGGUUUCCAAUGUGUCAAUUAGGACUUCCUCUUUUACUUUUAUCACUCUUACUCUAAACUUCUCUCUGUACUUAAAGACUCUCUCUGAUGGCCUCAGUGUGAGUUUUUCUUUUACCCCAGAACUCUUUGAUACAUGACCGAAAGGUGUUAAAUCACUGGGAAUAUCUGUUCUGCAGUGUGCUGCUAACUCAGUCACUCUUUCCAGGGGCAGUUCAUCCAUUUGUUUGGUGUGUACACUCUGUGGGAUGGCUGUUUACCUUGUUCCUAGAGUAUUUAGGGAGCUCAGAUAACCUUGAAUAAUCUACUCACCCCUCACUAAACAGACAGCACUAGGUUCUGCAUGUGGCACGCUUGAUUUAACAUUUAUUCCAAUGAUAAAACAUUCAGAAGAGGGUUGACGGAGAGUGGCAUAGAAAGUUCAGAGACAGAAACUUUAGAAAAUCAAAGAGUCACUGAAACGCAAGACAAUUUUCUGGUCACCAAGUAUAAGUAAUUGUAACAGAAAGUAGGAUAAUGAAAUUAGAACCCAAACUCGCUUCUUCACUCAUUUUUUUCUUUUACUUUUCUGCUUAUUCAUGAAGAGGUAAGGGCAGCAGACAGUUUUCACUUGUGUCAGUCCUCUGCUGAGUAAGAGGGCGAGAGGUUGUGUCGUGUGACAGCGAAGCUAAACUGCCUUGUGUUUUGACUGAAUGCCAUCUGUCCACGUUGCCCUUUUAGAGUAUUGAGCGGGAAUCCCAAUGAGUACAGUGCUGCUAGAAAAAAAAGGCAGGCCUCUGUCAAGGCACAUUUAAGGGAUAAUAGCGAAAAUAGCUGUGGCUGAAACAAAUAAUCACCUCUGACCAGAGCAACAGAAAGUCAGAGUCAGGGUCACUGGAAGAGAUCUAGGAGCGAAAAGCAGGAGCAAUAUGCCACUGCUUCUCACCAAGUUCUUAAACAAUGAAGUUUGCUUUUAGUCGAAGGGAAUUAUUAAGUUUGAAAGAUGUUAUGCCCCUUUAAUCAAAAUAUAUUCAUAGCACUCCACCCACAAGGUCAGUGCUCUGUUGUUAAGCUUUUAUAAUAAUUGAUGUGACGUAAUGAACUCUGCUGCACUAUUCUGAAAAGUUUCCAAAAUGAGAUGAGUCAAAUCAGAGUUUUAGCAAGUAAUAUUCUUUAUUUGAUGACAAAAAGGACAUGGUACUGCAAACUUCUGAAUCAGGCUGAAGUUCCUCCUUUGAGCCCACCUCAAUUUCAAAUAGUAUUUUUGACGCUGUGUGUUUUGUAUUUUUAAAAUGAGGUUUUUAUGAUAAAUUUUUUAAAUCUUUUAUUUUUAAUGUUUUAUUUAUUUUUUAUUUUUUGCAAUAUGAGCAAGGUGCAAUAUGUGUCAUUUGUGGUCCUCUUGGUAAGUGUUUCUUUGUUAACAUGGGGUUUAUUGUUGGCAUUAAAUAUUGUGUUAUUUAUUUAUGUUAUAUUAAUUGUAUGGUAUUGUAUCUACUCGUACUUACUGUAUUUUAUUGUAUCAUAUCGUGUCAUAUUUAAUGGUGCCAUAUAGAGUUAUAGAGUUUCAUAAUCAUAUUGGUUUGCAGUGAAUCAUGUCGUAUCGUAUCGUGCCAAUCGUAUUAUGUCAUAUAAUAUUGUACUGAAUUGUGUUAUAUCCUAAUGCAACAAUCAAAUUGUGUUGUAUGGUGUCAUAUUCAUAGUCUGCAUAUAGAAUGGAUGCCAUCUGCCUCCUUGCUGGGUGAAGCCACCACGAGAACAGCACCCUCUGGUGAUGGGCUGCAGUAUAGGUCAUAAAUCCCGCCUCCUCCAGCAAUCCCUAUGGAGCUGUGGACAAAAUUUUUAAAUUUACUACACAGAACAUACAUUUUUCUCCCCCCUGGUAGCGAUGUUGACAUGUAGUUAUUGUAAGAUUGGAUUGUGCUCAAGUCUUCUUUUUCUGUGCAGUUCUAUUUUUAAAAGUUAGUAGGGGGUUCAUGUUUUCUUGAUAUAGCCUAUGGGCGUACGAAGAUUGCGACCUGGGGGAGACGCUGUUUGAGUCAAGCGUCAUCACAGCGACUCUCGGCAACUAUCCCGCCGAAUGCGUACGAUGCUACUGCGCAAUUGGUGGUUCCAGAAAGAGGAGAAAAUCCCAGAAAUACAGAGCGCAAUUUGGCUUCCAAUUCGUUUUCGUAAUGACUGAAGGCGGAACCAAGUUGUCCAUAGCAUAUAAAGUCAAUGGUCAUAAUGUAUUGAAUUAAAUUAUAUCUUAGUGUAUCCUAUUGGAUUUGAUUAAAUUGUAUCAUGCUGUGUCAAUUAGUUGUAUCAAAUAGUGUAAAUUUUAGUUCAGUAUACUGUACUAUAUUUUCAUAUCGUAUCGCGUUAAAUUAUAUUGAAUCCCUGAGUUGUAUUGUAUUGAGUUAGAAUCGUAUUGUAUCGUGUCAGUUAUAUUGUAUCUCAUUGUGUCUUAUUGUACCGUACGGUAUUGUGUAUCGCAUAUCUUAUUAGGUUGUGUCUGAAGUAACCUGGCUGUGAGUUUGCAUGCAAGCACUGAAGGCUGCAGUGACAAUCACCUGAUAGACAGUGACAACAGGAGUUUAAUAAGAGAGGAGAGGAGGGGGGAGAUAAGGUCAGAGGAACACAAAGGAAAGGGGAAGGAGAGAAAGGCAUGAGAAACAUCUUUUGUUUCUCUCAUUUGCCUCUCGUAACUUCCAUUGUAUCAGCAGCCAUUGUGUCAUGGUUAUUGUUGCUUUCUGAGAUAUGGUUUCUAAAGCCUCUGCGGGCUGAAGACUAAGGGAAUGAUAAGUGAUAAGAGUGAAGAGCUGUAAUUUCACAUUUAACAGAAAUUAUCAUCCACAGAGGAACUCAUAUUUGCAGACGGGUAGGGGAAGGGAAUUCUCUAAACGCGACAGAAGUCUCAACAGACUGCUGUUUUUUUUAACGUAGAGAAGAAGCUAUAUUAGAGGACCCUGCAGUCUAAUAGCUGUUUUCUUCCCGCCCCCCCCUCCUCUUUCAUGAGGAAAUGGUUUCCAAGACUGACACUCAUCUGAUUUGAGUCACAUUGUUUGUCACGGGCAUCAAGUGAUAGGAAUAAGAAUCCAUAUAAAAAGCCAUUAGUUUUCUAUUACUGCCAAGCUGGAUGGACAGGCACUCUGUGCUCAACCGAAUAACUGUGUUUAAAGUGUCAGGUUGGUUGAAAGAAGUCUACCUCAGUGGGGGCUCCCCUGCCACUUCCCUGGGGGCUGAGUGGCUGAAAUGACCAUAAAACUCUGUUGAGCUAGACAGCCUGUAAUUUCAGCAGCGAGUGGCGCUUUGCAGAGGUAUAAUGGAAAGCCCGUGGAAGCCAUGAAAUUUGCUGCAUCCCUGUGUUGGAACACCAUUGUCUGAACACUCAGGACACCUCUCUAAACUUUAAAUUACUGUUUUUAAGCCGUCAUUGUCUGAAAGAGCUCUGCAUCUUUAAAGAAACACACUACUCGUUCCCUUUCUUUAAUCUUUAGCGCUCUUUUCCUUUCCUACAGAAAUCUGACAUUCACUUUUUUUGUUGGCCAAAAAAAAAAAAGUCCAAUAACCUUUGCUUGCAAGGGAUGGAAAAAUGGAAAUGCGGCUCCACAGGUUGCUGCAUACAAGCACAAAAGAAUUGUUUUUUCUCCUCGCUGUUUGUUGUGGGUUUUUUUUUAUCAUCUGUGCUGUGAUGGUGGGAACGAGUGGCUUCUUUCAAGAGGGAAUAGGAACGGAUGAGAGAGGGCUUUGAGUGAGGAGGACAGGUGCAGAGGGGGAUAGAUUUGUGUAUGUGUGGUCUUUCCUCUGUGAUUUAACAUUAUGUAAUGUGUAUCUCUGUUUGUGUUUGUGCGCAAUCAUUUGAGCCUUUCCAACCGACGCUAGAGCACCCACACGUCCAGCUUUCUGGAGCGUGGCUGAAGAUGUGAUGUUAGCAGCAUGUCACAUCGAGAGGCUCUCCGAAUGAUUUGAUAGCAGGGCAGAUGGAGAUGUUGGAGUAAUGAAGUGAGUCUGGGUAGGUUUUGCUGCUGGGGGCCUGAGCCCAUCACACAACACUGACUGCAUCUCUGCUGUUGUUAGAGACUCAUUCACAGACAGACAGAGAAAGAGAGAAAGAGGGAGAGAGAGCGAGACAGGCAGGAGAACAGAGGGAUUGUAACCUCAUCACCCCUUUCCCCCUUCAGCUAAAUCUGCCUGUCUGCGCUUUCCUUAUUCUCAGAGUUGAGAUGGAGCGUAACAGUAAGCACAACUCAGUACAACAAAAGGAGGACUCUCUGUCUGGUACAUUGUGUUACGGCUGCAUGAACCCUCCACUUUAAGAUUUCCUGGAUGUUGGUGUUCCCGCUGGAAGACACAGAUCUACUCUCUGCAGGUAGACGCUCCAUUUCAUUAUAAUGCAUCUCAUCGAAUCCAAUUACACCAGGAGCUCGUGAAAAAGGCUCAAAAUGAUGAAUAAGUGAUCAAGUGUCGCCAGUGAAGAACGUAUGAUAAGUGAUAUUGCUGCAAUGCAUAUUAAAAGAUGAGGCGGUAUGUAAAUCCGUGUGACAUUAACAUUCAACCUGUUUAGGCUGCUGUGGCAUGCAGCGGUGUGCACCAUCAGCACUUUGUUGUUUUUUUAAUAUGAAUCUCUUGAUCAGUGCGUCAAUGCUGCGCGUGCAUCUGUCAGGGCUUCCCGUCAACUGUAAUUUAAUUCAGCAAGUACAUAAAUAGGUGAUGAGUUGAUGAAUCCUUUGCUGGUUUUGUUAACUUUGAGGUGAUACAUAAAUGUUAAUCCAACUGCAAUUACUGGAAUAGUUUGUGAAGACCUGUUUUUCCGCCUGAAAAUUCGUAUGAAAUGUGGGACUGAUUAAAACAUCAUCCUUCUUACUACACGAGGUUAACAACUUACAUUUCUUUCAAGACAGUAACACAAGUAUGAAGGAACCUGGAAAGCAAAUGUUUGACCUUUGCAGAGAUAUCUCGUUUCAAUUUCUCUGAAUCUCUGGAAAAUUAACUACAAAAUCAAGUCUCAUCUUAUUCAGUAAAUUAAAAGACAAGAAAAUAAACUUAAAAGCUGUUUCAUUUAACUCCAAGAAGUGUGUGAAUUGUUGUUCGCAUUCAGUAUUGUGUUGUUCAUUUGUGUUGUAUGUAUCGUAGGUGACUUUUAAGAGUCCCCGUUUGUGAGUUGAGAAUUCCUCGACUGAAAAACACACAAACUUACAAGCCAUCAGCCAUCUCUUUGAUUAUAUUCAAUUUAUGAUUUAUCCACAUCACUAGCUCUGUCACUGAUGGAUGUUUACAAAAGACAUUGCCUCCUCAUAAAACGACUCUUUUCUAUGCUUUUAUUUUGAUAGAGAUUGUAAAAAUGGCUUUAUUUCCUGCACUGUAAAACUGCAAGCUACUUCUAGAAGAUUGAAAGUUACAGAACUGAAUGAAAGCAAUAAAACGAUUGGUUAGAAAGUAUAAAUGUUCAAUUAAUUGGUGCCUAAUGAAAGUGCCUAAUCAUCUCUUAAAGAGCUGCUUCAAGCCAGUUCACAGGCAGUCUGUCUAAGUCUGCCCCGCUGCUGCUGCUGCUUCUUCUUCUUCUCUCCUCUAUUUUAUGACACAUGUGGCAACCAGCGUAAAGGACCCCGUCAGAACUGGUUCAUUGUAAUAGCUAUUAUUUUAAUUUACAUGAGACAAGAUGAAGGGAAUUUCUGCGGGGAUAUUUAUGUUGACAUUUUUAUCCUCAUUCAGCUCUUCUUAUUCUUGAAGCUCAGUAAAUAAAUGACACAACUGCAGGCUAUUAUCAUUACCAUCUCUUAUUGUAAAAGCCUGGAUUGUGGGACAGGAUCUUUGUCCAUUUUUCUCUAUCAGAGAUAAGUUGGUAACAGGAGCUCGUCAGGCUGCAUCUGGUUCCUGUCUCUAAAAUGUGACAGAGACCAGCAGAUUCCAGGACAUGGAGACCAAUGUUUGCACCACAGUGUUGAAAUGUCCCAGACUUUUUUUUCUGUUAAAUGAUUUAAUAAGACGUUGGUAAUAAGGUUGACCCUGGCAUGGCUUUUGCUGUAAUAUUAAAUCACUGUUGUUAUGGGGUUUUGACCCGAACAGAAUCGAGUUUUUUGAUUUUGUUGGGGAAAAAAAAACAAAAUUUAAGAACCGACAAGAAAGUUUGCUUAUCUAGGCAUAAAGAUUUGAUAUAGUGGGGAAAGGCAAGUCUGGCACUUUCCAACUGAGAGAAGAAAUGUCUCUCCAGUAUAUUAAAACUGUUAAUAUACUCUCUGAGAUAGUGGUUUCCUCAACAUUUACAGUCUUUUUUGCCAAGUUAAGAUCAUCAACUCUUGCCUCCAGAAAUUCAUCAAUCACACUCUUAAAAAGGUCGGUUUAGAAACAACCCAGAACACAUACUGGGUAAUUUUACCUAACUAAUUGGGCUGGUUCACUUAACCCAACAAUUAGGUUGUUCAUAUAACCUAACCAAGGGUUCACAAUAACUACUGUGCUGGGUUCUUUAAACCCAUCAUGUUUGGUUGUCAAUAUUUAAUAUAAUUUUAAAUUACAUUAAUGCAUCAGAUUUCAUAGCGCUUCAUCAGAGAGACCCUCAAAGCGCCCUCAUUAGAAGCUGGUACACAACAGUGCUUCACAAAUUUGCAUCUUAACAACAAAAUGAGGGUCUAUAUAAUAAUAUCAAGUCAUCUACUCUAUAUGGUAAAGCAUUAGUGGGAAUAGAACAAACCUUGCUCUUCACGUCUCCUCGCUUCAGCAGUUGUGGCAUCAAUCUGGUGAGUGGUAGUUCACAAUAUACCAACAAAACCAUAUAGAAAUUAUAACCCAACAGCUAAUAACUCUGUUCCCAACAUAAAUAACCAUGCGAAUUCGGUACUCAGAAUACUCAACUCCAUGAAAAUAACCCAAAUAAAUUGACCGACAGGCUCAACCUAGUGGUUGGGUUGAAAAAACAACCCAGUAUUUUUUUGUAUGCAAAUUAGAGAUGAGUUUGGGUAUUUAUAGCCUUUUCUAAGAACAGAGUAUAUAGAUAGAAAUACUGUAGCUGUAGAUAUAGAUAUAUGUAUGGAUAGAUGUCUUACAACAAUUGAAAGAAUCCCAUACAGUAAUUGAAAACAAACCGUACCAACAUCUUGCUCAAGAUAAAGACUUGCAUGUUUACUUGCAUCAAUCAAAAUAUCAUGAAUUUUCCCAUCAAGUCCCUCUCCCACGGCACCCUUUGAAAAGAAAAUGACUGUUCAAUGAUACAGAUUAAGUAAAGGAGAGGAGGGUAUCAGAGCAGCUAUCAUAAAUGAGUCAAGUCUGUUUAUCAGGGACUAAGUCUACCAAAUAUUAGCAACCAGCUGCAAACCAGCCAGAAGAGACAGUCAGCUAACUGCCCUAACUAAAACUGUCGCUAUAUUUGUGUUUGUGACGAUGUGUGUGUCUAUGUGUGCACUUGUGCAAGUGUGGGACCGAGGACGAAACAGCCUAAGGGACAUUAUAGUACCUUUGAACUUAAGGCUGCGAAAAGUGGUCACACCAGGUCAGAGUAAAUGAGUCAUAUGAGAGAGAUAAAGAAAGAGAGGGAGAGGGGGAGAAAGAGGGAGAGAGAGGGGAGGAGGAGAAAAAUGUGCAAUGGAUUGUGAUUCACUUAGUGGGCAGCUGUGAUGUGAACAGUACAGACAGAGCAACUUUGCACACGCUACUCCCAAUAAACCUACUUAAGUGGAUUAGCAAUGCCACCCUGGGGCCCUCCACAGACUUAAAGCUCUUAUCACAAACACACACCGAAACAAAACAUACUAUUUUUAUAAGGUCUUGUUGUUUGUGGCGAGAGUAACUUUGGGAGACAAUGGAGAUGUCCAGUUUGAAUAUGGAGUUAACAGCCAAAAGAGUCAUAUCAUAUCUUUCUCAUCCUUACACAAAUGCCCGACCGCUGGCUCCACAUUGCAUGCUGUGAAUGCAGUAAAUAGCUUGUUGGCUCGGAGGGGCGAGCGAGACCUGGUUGCUAUUCAAGCCACCUGUUGUUGUGGCCCGGGAACAGAUGUUGUAUAUACUUUCCCAGUUUGAUGUUGGUCAUAAUUGGCAGCUGCUGUAGGGGGCUAAUGGCGCCAGAAUUAGGCCAUGUGCUUUGAAUCUGUGUUUGUGUCUGAAUGGUCAUCUGUCAUGUGCUUUUGACUGACUCUUUGCCUCUUUCUAUCUGUGCUGUGCUCCGUGUUUUCUCUGCAGGUCGAGGCUGGCUGACUACUCGGCGAACUGCAGGAUGACUCCGAACACAGUGAGCACCUGUCCCAACCAAGACAAUCACCAGGCCUGCCUGGCCUCCUACGCAAGGCUCAUCGGUCAGUGCCGCCUUGGCUCGGAGUUUGUGAGAGAGAAAAAGAGCAUAUUUAGCUCCAGAUUUCACAUAUUUUUCUGAAAUUUCAGAUCCGUGCCGAAAAAAGGGGCUGUGAUUUUAUUGAAAGAGAGAGGAAUAAGACUUCCCUCUUGGCUUCAGAUCUCCUGGAGCGCACUGGACAUCAGUUCACUGCUAGAAAUAAUUAGAGAGCAGAGCGCAGUGGGAGCGUUUACUUAAUUAAAACACCUGAUGGCCAUCUGUUUGCUCAUUGUAAAUGUUGUUCAAACAAUAUGAGAAGACUUCCACGGGCAUAUUUUUCAAUCCCUUAGCUUCACACAACUCCAACUCAAAUGCAAAUUUUCACAAAAUAACUUCUCUUUUUUUUUUUUUUUUUUUUUAACCCAGUACAGUGGUUACUGAAGUGUCCAUAUUUUAGUAUCAGCCACUGCUUCCCCACUGUGUGUCAUAAAUCGAGCAGUAUGAAGUGAUAAUAUGCCACGGUGCUUCCGGGAUUUCUCUGGAAAAUGCUGUACAAAGUGCAUCUAACGCCCCUGACUUCGGCUGAAAGCAUCGCUACAGAGAGACAUUUGAAAAGUAAAAUGUUUUGUAGAGCAGUGCUGCUAUAUUCGCACACAACGCGCACACACACACACACACUUCCUAAAGCACCUACUUUGCAAAAUAUUCAUAAUAUAAUGGCCUCUUUACAUCUAAAAUAAAACAUUACAAAAUGCUUCACCUUGGCAUAAACUCUAACAGUGCAAACCCAUUCCUAUGACUAACAUCUUGUUGUCCAUUUUAUAUACUAUCUGCUAUAAAUGUGGUCCAUUAUUGUCCAUUAGUGACCUAUAACAGUUUUUUUUUCCUAAUGUGUGUAUAUAUGUGUGUGUUUGUGUUUGUCUGCUAUUGCCCUCACAGGGACGGAAAUGACUCCCAACUACGUGGACAGCAGCGUCUCCAACUGGACUAUCUCCCCUUGGUGCACGUGUAAAGGCAGCGGAAACCAGGAGGAGGAGUGUUUGAACUUCCUGCACCACUUCACAGAAAACACAUGCCUAAGUGAGCCAUGCUGACACACACACACAUGCACACACGUUCAUACUGUGCAUGCUUUUGAAACUGAUAGGGGUCUAACAGUCAUGUAAUAUUGAUAAGAACACAAGCCUGUGAUGCUGUAGUUACUCCUACUGAUGCCAUGUAAGAGCAGAGUGAGCCAUGAACUUCGAUCGAAUGCAACUUUAAUGGUAUUGUGUCAGUUUCUUUUUUUCUUUCAGUGAAUGACUGUUGAUGUGUUGUUGUAAAGGAGUGGGUGAUAGUGGUCGGGGGGAGCUGAAUGCGAAGAUAAUGCAGGGUGGGGCUGGAUAAGUUUGUCAGCAACAAGGUUAGAUUUAAAUUUUUAAUAAAUUCAACGGAAAACAAGGAAUUAUUUAUCAUAUGUGGAUCCGACGAAACAGGAAAUAAAGUCUUAAAGGGAUAUUCCGGCGUAAAAUUAAUUUAAGGUCAAAAACACCGUAACACAGAGUUAGACACCCCCCUGAGAGAUGAAUGUUGCCGACCGCUUACUUCUCUAGUUAUACCUCAACCAAAACGCCACUCUAUAGCCACAAAUAAUGCUCAGAACAGCACCUAACUUCAUCAACAGUACAUAUAGGGUCCUAGCCACAGCACUAGCCACCAAACAUCUUCUUAACUUUGCCUAAUUUCUUUAACAAAGAGACUAAACACAACUCACCUACUCUCUUCCAGCAGCCGCUUGUUUGUAGCAAGACCUCGGCCAGUCCAUUACGGACUACAGCGGGGUUACGCAGCUCAAGGAAGAACAUUUAUGAUCAUUUCUUUAUCAUUUCCUUGAAGUAAUAAUCAUCAUAUUAAUCAUUUUGCACUGCAGACACGGUAGUCCUUCUGCCUAAGCGUCUUGGUCUGAUUGUAUUUCCAUGAAGAAAUGAUCAUAAAUGUUCUUCCUUGAGCUGCGUCACCCCGCAGCAGUCCGUAAUGGACUUACCCAAGGUCUCGCUGCAAACAAGCGGCUGCUGGAAGAGAGUAGGUGAGUUGUGUUUAGUCUUUUUGCUAAAGAAAUUAGGCAAAGUUAAACGAUGUUUGGUGGCUAGUGCUAUGGCUGGGACCCUAUAUGUACUGUUGAUGAAGUUAGGUGCUGUUCUGAGCAUUAUUUGUGGCGUUUUGGUGGCGGUUUGUUUAUGGCUCCUCAGACCGCUGUGUAUUGUUAUCGUGGGGUCUUUACUAAAGCUGGUAUAACUAGAGAAGCAAGCGGUCGGCAACAUUCAUCUCUUGACGGGUUGUCUAAUUCAGUCUUACAGUGUGUUUUACCCUAAAUUAAUUUUACGCUAGAAUACCCCAUUAAGAACUAAGAGUAACUAAGAGUAGAAAUACGGAUAGAUGUAAGGACCGAUAAAUUAUAAGUGACACGAGGAUGAAAACUUCCCCGAAAGUCCCCUUGAAACUUGUCUGCUACAUAGUUUCAUAUAACAUGUACACUUCUUUGCCCGCUGAUUAAGUCGGAAUUAAAUCGUCUAAGUUUCUCACCACACUAGUCAUUUCUUAUCACUUCUCAUCCCUCCUUUGGGCUAGAUCUGCCCAGACUUUAAUACAAAAGAAACCAUUUGCAUGUCAUUUCCACAUUCAAUCUGAAAAAGUUAAAGGGCUUAUCCCUUGUGGGAGUAAAAUGUCAUGAAGGAACAGCUCUUGCGCAAAUGAAAUAAUAGGAGAUGCUAAAAUACAUCAUCUGUACAUCUCAUGCAUAACGCACAAGGUGCAGCAUGACAGAGUGGUUACCUCAAACAUCCUCAGGAUUUUUUUUCUCCCUCUGAGGAGUAAAAUACAGUGAGUGGCUUCAUUGCUGUGGCAGAGCAAGCAGUGUCAUCAGUGCUACAAGACACCAUUGCCUUUAACAUGUUCCAUUGUGUGGGUAAUGCUUUCAGACCAUUUCAAUAGAUUGCUGGGGUACCAUUUUAGCUGAGUGUGCAGGAUGAGGGAUGAAGCUGGAAGCUGAGGAGGCGUCUUGAAAAAUAACACAAAAUGCAGCAUCUCCGCUCUGCAGUCAAGGGGAACAGGCGAUAAACUUCCACACACCAGAGCGGAGAAUAUACACAAACACACACACACACUAUACAGAGCUAUGCAUACAUAUACAUGUAAAUAAAUGACCCCCGUAAAUCCCUCAGUCUCACCCCUAUCUGUUUUUGUUUUCACUGUUUGUCACUGCAGAGUAAAUCUUUUUUUUUUUCAUUGAUUGACAAACCAAAACACUUUUUAUUUUUAUUUUUUUUUACAAGUGAAGACCAGUCACGCAUCCCUUUUCCACAUUCUUGUUAUUUAUUUUUUUAAAGAGCAAAGGAUUAGUGCCAAUAUUUAUUCAAAUAUAUGUCAGGACCAACAGAAAACUGUGAGGCAGAAAGGGUCAUAUAAUUGUAAUCCAAACACAGUCUGAAUCCUGAUUUCUUUUCCUCCACCGUGUCUAUUCCUUGUGUUUUCUUUCCCCCUCAUCUCCGCUCCAUCUGUCCCUGCAGGUAAGUUACAACCAGGGGUUAUAGGAAAACUUAUCCAGAGUCAUUAAAAAAUUGAAUCGCUAUUGGCAAUGAGCUUAAUCACUCAGUGGAACAUUUGGGUGCAGUAAAACAUCCUGCAUGGAGGCCUUCAAGCCAACUGGUUUGAUUUAUGACUAUUCCCCCAUCUUACAGCAUCUGUGAGGGCAAAGUUAGCGAAAAGCCAACCAUGACAAACAGAUGCGUAAUGUUACAUGUCUCAGCAGUACUUCAGUGGCUCUUCACGGCUAACAUUAAAGUUGUCAGGCUUCAGUGGAGAGCUCUAUUCCUCUCUGUGCUUCUGUGUUUUUCAGGAGCAGCUCAAAUUACCACUGUGUCGAACAGAACGAGGAACACGACGGCUGCUUUUGUACACGUUAAGUGCGCAGGUGUACGCGGGCUUUCUCUGUACAGUGCAUGGACUUGCGUGGGCGUGCAGCACCGUGUAGGUGGACAGAGUACAUGACAGACGAAUCUAUGGGGUUGUGCAUCAAAGAUCCCGUCUGCAUAGGUGUCCAGAGGAUCGUGCCCUCCACAUUUAUCCCAUUUGUCCUUUGUGUGUCGGUUGGGAAAAGCCAUUUCUCCUUUGUUUGGGAUUGUUUUGAAUUUGAUCAGUCACACAAAUCUAUUCAAAGUCAUCUCUGUAUGCUGACCUUAUAAUGGAGGUGGUUGCCAAGCAAUUACAUGCCUUGCCUUCUCUCUGGCUGAACAAAGAGAAACAAGCCCAGUGUUUUAAAUGGAUGAGCGGCAAAAAGGUACUCAGCCCCGAUUUUACCAUAUCUGGCUGAAAAGCUGACUGAAAGAGGAUUUAUCACAUUUUUGCAGGGACUUGCACAUGCACUCAGACACAGAAAUUACACACGUUUACAAGGCAUGUGCAGGCGGAUACACAAGAACUCAUAUGCAUGCAUGGACUGCUGUCUUCUGUUUGAGCUGAUUGAUUUGCUACUUUUAAAAGAUUUGCUUUCUGGGUGUAGAACUGCCGGCAAAGAAAUUGGCAUUCAUCAUCUCAAGUGCAGACAUUAUGCCACUAUUUGGUCAGCUCUUUGCAAUUGGAGAACGGCUGUUGCAACUUAAAAGGGUUUUUGUAAUGAGCCGAGGACAUGAACCCGGGUUGUUUGUGUUUGAUAAAUGUGUUCAUUGUGUCUCAGUUGGAUUCCUCGUGGUGGGAUAAUUGCUGGACAAAUUGAAAAAAUAAACAUGUCAGGCAUUUGAAAACAAGGCAGGCCGCGAAAUAUUAAACAUACUGCAGUUUUGCUGUCUUGUAAGAUUCUGUAACAUCCGCCUUCUUGAAUGAUUUCACAGUCGAACCUCCGAUUGCUGUCUUUGAUUUGUUUGGCGAACAACUCUCAAGCUUACUGACGAAGCAGAAAGACUGGCUCUCUGUGCUCUUUUUACUCCUUCCUUCCCUCGGCCCCUCUCCGCCCUCACUCGCUCCCUCGGUUGCCAAAGAUUGGGCAAGGGACCAAGAAGUUGACUUAGAGCUGUCUGUCUGCUCGCUGGCUUCUUGCUGGGACGGCAGUCAAAAACAAAUGACUUUAUAUCUCUGUCCCUGCAGGAAAUGCCAUCCAAGCCUUCGGUUAUGGGAUAGACAACAUGCAGAACAAAAAUGUGUCUGUCCCAGGCUCCUCAGCGGCUACGAAGACAGGAUCGGAUUGGUCAGCAGGCACCUCAGAGCCCCCCUUCGUCACCAUCCCAAAGGUAAUAGAUUUGCUGUGAUUAUUAUAUUGCCUUGGAUGCAAUGGGAAUUAAAUUCAUACGCAAAAUCAAAUGCGGAGUCAUAAUCUCCUGACUGCCUGUCAAUGAGGUAGCAUUCUGAAUCAGGACUAUUAAUCCUAGAGUCUCUUAUGUAAUAUAUCGGUCACCUCAUUGUGUGAGAUUCAUGCAGGGAUGAUUUUUUUCUCAUGUUGUUGGAGCCCAAAUAUAUCCAUCCAUGUUCAGCAGGUUCCAGCAACUUCUUUACAUAAAUUUAUCGAAAUGGACCUAUUACAAGAAGAAGCGCACAGAACCACUCCCCCACUAUGCUUCCAUGAAAGGAGGAUUUUGUGCAGAGACAAAAUCACGAAGCCAACACGCUGCAGCAUUCACAGUCACAUCACAUUCAAUCUUUAUGCCUGUUAAAGCAAUUGGCACAUCAGAACAGACGCUUUAUGAUAAGACAGUUUAUGCUACACCCAAGAUGAUGACAUUUGGUUGAAAUAUUAUAUUUCUCUCUCCUACAAUGAAAUAGUGAAAGAAAUGGGAGGUGGGGGUUUUUAAUCUGGAUUAGAGGUUCUAAAAUACUGGCCCAGGGCCUGUUCUCUGCUGAAUGCAGUCUACUCUGAAGACUGCAGUCAACUCAGCUCGAACAGAGUUCACUGUCUAAGGCAGAAAAACAUCACUCUCUGCUGUGCUGCAAAAAUGUACGUGCGUUUGUCUUUUAAUGGGACUGUACUUCAUUUUCUUUUCAAAUUAAACAUGAAAAUGACAGAAGCUCAUUGUCAGCCAAAAACGCACACUCUCUCCUUCUCUCUGUCUCUCUCUCCAUCUCUCUCUCUCUCUGUCUCCUCUGAACAUGCUUGAAAUAUUUCUCUCCAUUUUUGGCCAGGAGGAGUGUUUUACUUUUUCUCCCCCUUUUUUUUUUAUCUCACUGUUGAAUUUGAUUAGUUUCCACUGUGAAAUAUUGUUCAGCUUUACAGAUGUAUUUUAGAUGUGGCAUGCACCCCUCUGAUAUAUGAGUAAUGAUGUUUUUCACCACUGCAGGAGACCUACUUUCUAAGCUUUGCUGUAGUAGACACUGUACUAUAAAAGUGUACUGUUAAACCUUCUGCCCACUUACUCUGACACUGUUGAUGUUAUUAUUUGUGACAUUUUCUCUAUAACUAUAAUGGAGAUACACAAAAACCUAUGCAGCAUGCAGUGUUUAUGAAUGUAAAUUUGCAUGCUGGAUGAAUUACUCCCAUUAAGACGUCUAUUUUGAGUAAUUCCAGGGGCUUUCACGGCCAUUAAAUGGUCACACUGCAGCCGAAUCAUGCAGCAUUGUCCUUUUAUGCAGAGACCCUCAUUGUUGUGAAGACAGCAAAUUAAAACCUUAAAAAAUUGUGGCAAAGCGGAGAAUUAAUGGACAAGCAGGUCUGAUAACAAUAACAGUGUGUAUGUUUUUUUGGAAAGGUGUUGGAGAGGGAGAGAGGGGAGCGAGCGAGGGAAUGGAUCGCGGAAUUGCUUCUCUGUGUGUACGUCAGUAUUGAUGCACUGCUCUGCGCCUGUCUCACUGCAGCGUGGUGUUUAAUUUAUUGUAAAAAUGGUAAUUAGGAAACAAUAAGACGUGUGAUUACUCAAGCAGGAAGUUUAUAAUUAGAGAGGGAGCUGGUAGGGACAUUUUGGGUGGCCCUGCGUUCUCAGACAACUAUGGCUGGCAAUUAAAACUUGUCAAACUUCCCUGGCAGAUAUAUUGGGAGAGUGUUGUUUUGGUUUGAGUGCUCUUGGCAAGAGACUGACUGUCCAAGCUGUAAAUCUCAUGACGGUCAGUGCACAUGCAUGCCCACAUGUGGACAGAUAGUCUUAGAAGGAUGAGGGAUAAAUGGACGACUGAUGACUAUGACACCUCAGGCUAACCGGCAGUAUGACGCCGAGUUUAAGACGAGCUGUUUCUUAUACCGUACAUGUCAGCCGUGCAGCUCCUGUAUACAGAGUAGACAUAUUCAGCUUAUUUAAAUGCAUAAUUAUUCUAAAUGUCAUUGCCAGUGGUUGUGGGUUUUUAUCCCAUACUCACUGUGUAAACAUGUGGGCUGAAGCUUGGUCCUCAGAGCCCUGUAGACAGAGCAGUCGUCGUCACAAGUCAGGCUGUGUUUAUAAGGAAAAAAAGGAUUUCCCAAUACAAUAAAAAAACUUUAUGAAUAGAUUAAUGAAAGAAUCCCUAUUAAUAAUUUAAAUUAUUGAUUUAUUGAGCAAUUACAAAGGGAACACUUCAAGGUCAGGCAAGGACACUUAGUUUGAGUUGAUGUUUGGGCUCCCUGUUGCAAAACCCUUGACUUUUUCCUGUACCCUGAUGUUGAACGAUCUGUCCACCUGCUCUAUUUAAAGAGUAAAAUGUAAUAUAAUUUCUGUUUCAUGUAUCUGAAAUUGCUCUGAGGAAAUAGCUCAUCUUUUUAAUGGUUAAUUGUUUGUUUUUUUCCUUCUUUUGAAAUAGACAUUUAACUCACAAACAACUCCCUGGACACCUAUAAACCUUAAUUUUGCCUUUUAUACUGUCCGCCUGGGACUUCUAUGGAGUAGCUUUGCCUAAUUUUCAGUGCUCAAAAAACUCCAUCUUUAUCUCCUACCUUGUUUAAAUAAUUUAGAGCUGCUGACUGAAAUGUUUGGUUUUGGCUGCUUUUCCUGUGAUAUGAAGGUAGAAAUGGUAUCUAGAUGUUGCUUUUUACACAGCUAAGAAAAAACGUCUCAGAUGUUAUGCUCCUGCAGAAUACUUCUUAGGUCAGCUGUUAACACCCACUUAGCUUGUGUCAUGGGCAGGACAUCAGGUGAGACAAAGUGGAGCAAGAAAACAGAGGGAGAGACUCACCAACAAUUUUGAUUUAUCAACUUUGUCAGCCAUUAGUAUGAUAAAAGGCAGAUUACAGUUAAUUGUCAAGUGCCUAAUAUUACAAAGUCGUUUUUUUUAAGAAUUACAAGGUCAUGUAGCAGACGCCUUUAUCCAAAGCAACGUACGUACAAAUUAUACACCAGCAGAGGACACACACUGUGAGCAAGGUAGGUUAAGUUUCUUUCCCAAGGACACAACAGACAGGUGGGAUAAGGGUAGAUGGGUAUUGAACCAUCAACCUUCCAGUUGUUGGAUGACCUCCAAAGCUACUGCCACCCAAAUAUCUGCUCUCGUAAUUGGCUAAGGUCAAUCAGGGGUCCUUGCUAGUUUGAGCCUUCAUGGGAGGUCUUAGAUCGAGCAGCCAAAGGUUUUAGUAACGAUUGAGAUGCAAAUCCAGCUUGUACCAGCCAUUAUUUAUCGAGGUGUUAUCAGCAUAAACACUUUUCAUUGCUGCUUGUCCUAAAAAGUACAUUUAAAAAAUGCCACUUUUUUUUUUCUUUAUCGCCACUUUCAAAACCAAAUGAACACUUACGAGCAACUUUUCAAGACACAUUAAAUCAACAAAGUACAGCGUGAAGGAACAAAGUCCCUCAAACCAGAAGUUCUAGAGACUUUUUGUCAAAACAUACCCAUUUAAUAUCUCAAGGAUCAAUUGUUGUGGAUGUUCCAUACACUGUGAUAAAAUGAAAGAGGUGGUAUUGUAAUUACUUUUGAUUGUAAUUACUGGCACUCAGUAUAAAGCCACAAGAGUAAGAUUAUAAAGCAAGCUAAUGAGCUUAAUUUACCUUAUUCAAGUUCUGCACUUCAUACAUUUACUCUAUUCACAAUCAAACUCAACUGUAUAUCUCCGGUUUUCUUUUUCUGCAUUUUAGUCUCUGACAGCUACAGAGUUGUGCUCGCUAUAUUCCCAGGGUUUGUGUGGGCUCUGCUGAUAAGAUGGAUUUUGUGUGUCUUACAGCUGUAAUGCUGAUUUGAAUUUUAAUGUCCUCAGACAAUAGGUUCUUGUGCAAGGAAUUCCUAAAGUUCAACAGUUUAUUUUUAUUGCAUAUCAUCUUUCAUUUCCAUUGUGGCAAUAAAACAAACAGUGUAUGAGAGCCCUCUCCUCCAGCCUCAGGAUCAUUGGGAAACCGGAGUUGCCUGUGUUCCCAUGUAACACUGUUGUGUGUUGAUUUUCAGCUCAAUUGGAUAGAAUUGAUUGUGGGCCGAAACUACGUAACUCAGGGUUAUUCGAUAAGUAUAGCCUUGAGGAAAACGGCUCCACUGUACAAUAAAUUUGACAAUAACCUGACUGAUAAUGAAAACACCGACUGUCCACAUGUGUAGACUGUUAUUCAUUCAUAGACAAAUGUCAUACGCUUUAAUUAUCAGUGUUAAUAAAUGCAUGUAAAUGUUCUCCAUCCUUGCUCUUCCUCUGUGCACGUACCAAAGCACGAGUUAAUGAGUGCAUGUUUUGACAUUGUCUGUAUCCUAUCACGUAUGCGAGUGUAUGCCUGUGUUUGUCCCGUGCGACUAUGUGUGUGUGUGCCUUCUCACAAGCCUGAGUGUAUGUGUGGAUAUUGGCUGCAACCAGAGAUCUGGACUCAUGUCAACAGGCUGCUACCACACAUCACUGCCCUUGCUAAUUAAUUGGCUUUUAGUCGCGGGUGUGUUUGGUGCAUUGUCAAGCUACCCAUUGCUUUUUUUCCCUCUUUUUUGGCAACAGUCACUUAACCAUUUCUUGGUAGCAGUCGUUGUGUGAACGCUUGUUUCCAGGUACUGUGAUAACUGCAGUUAUUUUAGAUCCCCUCUUUUCUCUCCCUCCCUCUCCCUCUUUUUUCCCUUAACAGGAAAAAAUAUGCCUCUUGUGUUACUAUAAUUCACACCUCUUUUUUUUUUCCUUUUGGUUAUUUAUUUUCUAGUUUAUACGUUGCCUUGUUCUGUUGUAAGAUGAGGUGCGGGGAGAUAACAUCUGAGUAGAUGUUUUUUUUUCUGUGUACAGGGAAAUGGACCAAAGUGCAAUCUCUGCAAAGGUUACAUUGGUGAAGAUGAGUUGAGGGGAUGGUGGGGGAGGAGGAAGAGGAAGAGGAGGAGGAGGAGGAGGAGGAGGAGGAGGAGAAAAUGUUUCAUGUUCCUUAUGAUGUGCUUCUGUAUUGCUGUCCUGGACUGAAAAUGGUGCCUCUUCAAAUUGAGCGAGACUACUCUUGACUUGGAGGCAAAUGGUUCUGCUUUGUGCUACAAGAAUCAGAGAAAAUUGAAAAAGUAUUCAAAAUGCUAACAAUUUUAAGGAACAGCGCAUAAUAAGGCCAUUGUGGUUUGGGAUAAAAGUGGAAGUCUGGAGGCCACAGAGUUUAAUAUCUAGACGGAUGUUUUCCCACUUAUCUUCACCGUAAUGUCAACAUUUAGGUCGACUGUUGAUAUUCACGACUGUACAUGUGGUUAUUCCUCUUGUGCAUAAGAACAAAGACUUUAAUGUGUUGAAACGCACAGUCUAACAGUGUAUUGUUUGCCCUCUUCUUGCCAUAAUUUAUGCCUUAUGAAAUAUUGAAGGAAAACCACAGCUGCUGCUGGCUUCUGCAUUGUGUCUUUGGCUUAGUAGCAUGUUUUCCUUGUAAAUAAAGUCUGUAAUGAUAGCUUUAAAAAGUGUUUAGAGACUUGCUGGCACAACCUUAAAGGGCUGCAGAAAAAAGGAAAAGUCCUCACAAGAAGCUUUCCUUUGUUGCCAACUUGUUUAAGAAGCAGAGAGCAUACUGAGCAGCAGGGGCUUGAAUUAUACUCCACAUAUCAAAACAUUUGGUGGAUCAAACACUUAAUGUUAGAGCCAAAGUGCCUCUGCCAUGAAUACAUGUAAUUUCUCACUCUUACUCUGACUUUUUGACUCCAAAUUUCUCUUGUUCUCCGCGGCUCUGAUCCUGUCUUGCCUCAUCUCCCUCCUCUACUGCCUCUCCUUUCCCCUCAUCAAAUGCCAGAAGAAGAAAGUAGCACGAGUGACUGAGUCAUGUCUAACCUUUACACAUCUCUCUUCCUCUAUGUGUUCCUCUCUCUCUCCGCCCAGUAUCCUGAACCAAGAGACGGUGGCCUGGGCGAAACCCGGGGCCUGCCAGAGGAUCACUCCGCUUGUCUGAGUGCCAACGUCUGGGCUCUGCUUCCCGGCCUGACUUUGGCUCUGGUCCUGGCCCAGCAUGCCUUAUAGAAGCGCCAGGAGGAGAAAAAAAAGAGGUCAUCCACCCACAAGCUGAUCCCAAAAGCAGAAGGUGUUAUUUCUAAGACUGAUAUUAAGAAGGCUGACUCUCUGGGCAGAUGACUUUAAACACAUUUGAGAAAGAGGAGAAAACAAACCAAGGGAAGAGGUAGAAAAUAUUCAGAUUUGACGGUUGUGAAUUUGUUGUUCAUUCAGCCUAACGUUUGGGCGGACUGCAACCAUGUUGCAUCAUAUUACAAUCGGACCCUGUGAGGGACUGCAAGGGCCGCUUUUUGGGAAUGACUCUCCCUGUGACUGAGAACCAAAAACACGGAGGGCCGAAACCGAUCAUGACAAAGAAAGACUUCUGCACUUCUCUCACUGGAGGAGGGAGACGGGGAAUGAACAACAUAAUUAAAUGAAGAACAAGGUUGACAGGGAUGAAAUUGUAACGGAGAGAAAAGGUUUGUACAAGGGGUAAAUGUGGUAGAAAGAGAGAGAAAGAGAGAAAGAAAGAGUGAAAAGAGACAUUUCUGCUUCUGUUACUUUUUUGUCUUGAAUUGGUUCUCGACUUAAUCUUCUCUUGGAUGAGCAGACCAUAAAUUUGGGGGCCGGAAAAUAAAGGGGGGAUGAUUACAUUCUGUCUGUUCAACACAAGUGUAAACUCUAAACUGUAAAACCUACUCAGUGUUCUAAGUGUUGGUAUAGUAUCCGUGACCAUAAUCAAUCUACCGUACAGCUCUUUCAUUUGGGUACUAUAGUAAGCUCUUGUAAGCAGGUGAAGAAAAGAACUAAAGAAGUUACACGUUUAUGGUUCUUUGGUCAUUUGAGAUGUUGUUGUUGACAUCUGUGGAUCAGUGUCCACCUGCACAUGUGUAUAUUUCUGUCUCUAUGUAUAUAAACCUCACUUUUCUUUCAUUUAAACCAAACAAUAUCAUCAGUACCUUUAAUGGACUUUACCGUACGCUAAGAUGGCUCUGUAUUGGUACUAAAAGAAGGCCUUCAUUAUCUGCGUUUAUAUUUGUCUAUAAAGGUCCGAACACAAAGAAUGUAUACGGGGAUGAGAUUAAAUGAGCUCAAACUGCUUGGAAAGCCAUAAUCUGUGUGUGUAUGUGUGUGUGUGUGAAUCAUACAGCGUGUGUUCGGUUAUUACAACACUGGUGCGUCUGUGUUUACAUUCAGGAGGAAGUGGCUAAUAAGGAGCUGCUGAGAUUGCAAGAGUAGGAGUUCAUCCAGCCCCCUAAGAGAGCAGAGGUUAUGAUGCAUGGUGUAAUUAACUUUGGGGUAUUUGGAGAGGGCUUGUCGUGACCCAGACUUAAACCCCACCACUCCUCUUUUUACUGAAUAUUUUAAGAGGCCAAAAUAGUACAUACAGUAGUUAUAAAUGGUCUUAAUUUACACACUUAAAAGAUUGCUGUUUGUGAGCUUGUCCUGCAGGAGGUCAGAGUUUGACCACUGCUCUGGUAAGGCUGCCUUCAAAUAAACGCGGUCAUGAUGCAGUUAAACUCAAAGAAAUGCUUGUUUCCAGGUACUGUGAAACUUAUUUGCUUCCAGCAGAGAGUUUGAUAGGACAUCAAUAACACCCCGUCUGUAAGCUAUAGCCACUGCCAGAAGCCAAUUAGCAUAGCUUAACAUUAAGAUUGAGUAAAGAGGGAAACAGCUUGCAUGGCUCAGUGUAAAAGAAAGUAAAUGCGCAUCACAGCUCCUCUUAAUAUUUCUCAUCGACCUCUGACCUCUUUGUUUUUUUCUUCUUUCUUUAAAGGAGUAAUGUAAACAUCAUAUUUAAUUAUUUAAUAUGAGGUGUUGUUGUUCGCUACUGUUUGAGUUUUUCAUGCAAUAACCAACCGCAGGCCUCAUAUCUACCACACAUUUGAGAGUACUUUCAACUCUCCAUUAAGUUCUCAACAAGAGAGCAACAGAUUUUAUACUAACUGCACUUUUUAAAAGAUCUAAGAAUUUCGUCAAAACCCUCAAAAGGAAAUUUUUACCUUUUCCCCUGUAACUUACAGAUACUUGAAAUACACUCCAUUCAUAUAACAAAUAUUCAUGCAUGCACUAAGUAAAGCUAUUUUUUAUAUUUUAAUCUGAUUUCUGUAACAAAGUCAGUGUUCCUAUUAUAGCUUAUCAAGUUUACAACUUUGACACUCAGACGUUUACAUGACACACAUGAGAAAAACAAAUUAUCGCCUUACUUCGAUUAAGACCGGACAACUGAAGUGCAUGUAAACACCUUAGUCCAACUAUAACUGGAGUUUGAGAACUUCGAUUGGAGUUGCAGUAUGAUCGGACAAUGCAUGUACGCGUGCGCCACGCCCCCGUAACAAAAAGAAGAGGAGUAGUCUGCAUCUCAUCAGCAGAAAAAGUAGCGUGUACAUCAUACAUGACAAAAACAUCGCUGUACUGAUGCUCCAUCUUCUUGCUCAGCAGCUGUAGCUACUUCUGACAUCUGACACGGACCUGCUGUUGUUGUUGACAGUUGUAUGGGGUCGGAAACAGCGCCGCUGAAAAGACCCAUAUCGCCCCCUAGUCUUGAGGAGGAGGACAUUCAAUUUUUUUCGUAUUCGUGGACAAAGAGAGAAGUCUGAUUCGAUUUGAGCAAAAAACAAUAAAUUAUGAGCUUAGUCCGAUUAAGCUGUUUAUGUAAACACACUGAGUGUUGAAUGAGAAAUAUCAACCUACCGUAUCACAAAUAGAAGCACCCAUUCAUUUAGUAUCUUGAGCGUGAUAACAUUAAUUAACCAAACUUACAUGAGAUAUUACAUAUUGCACUCAUUAACAGAAUAACACAAAGAGAUCACAUGGACAUAUGGUCUGAUUAUAUUUCAUACAAAGUGUAUAAUAAUGCAAAAAACGUCCUAGAAAAUAAUAUGUACAAGAAAAAUGCUACUCAGAACUGAACAAUGAUCAUUUUUCAAUGGUUGAACUCUCACAAUGGACCCCACUCACAGUAUAUGACAAGCCUAAUACCAAUGUUAGCAUAGGUUCAAAUUCAUCUGUAAUAUUUGACCCAGAGAUAAAUUCAUCUGAGUUUAAACUCGCAGCUGUCUGAACUUUAGACAGCAGGGGGAAAUACUGCACAACCAAAAAAUAACUUUAAUACAUCAAAGUCACUUUUUUUGUUUCAAACAUUUCAAAAGGUGGGGAAGUGAUCCCCCCUCUCUCUAUGCAGUCAGAGAGAGAUUAAAACUGAGCGUGUGCAAAGUGAGUAUUACAACUCUGGCUCGUUUCUUGUUUGAGAUUUAAAGUGUCUUAACUGCCCCCUGUCUCCCCUACUUGAAGACCAUGCAUGUGUUUUGAUUAAGUUGUUUGCAGAUUUGUUUUCCAUUUCUGGUGUUGAGUCAAGACAUGGAGAUAAAAGAGGACUUUUCUGGUUCAUUUCAUAAUGGGGUUGAUGUUAAAAUAAGCAAAACUGUAGUCAGAGCAAGCAAUUAUCUUCCAGCGUUAUUCCCUGUGUUGCUGUCCGCUCUUAUACCUCCUCUGUACUUUUGCUGGUGAAUUCAGGAACAACACAGGCACAGAGGGGAGGGCUGUAAUACUCAGAAGGCUGAAGUUGACUUAACUAGGACUUGAUUUUGGCCUCUUUGUUUCUCCAAAUAGACUGUAACUAAAAAAGAUAUAAAACAUGAGUUUUGUGUUAAAAAUUGAAAAUAUAUUUAAAACUCAACCCACAUAGGCUUAUUUGCAUCAAAGGUGAAAGAACUGUGAAAGUUUAGUUGUAGAUUUUCUCUGUUUGAACAACAGGCUGAUGUCCUCUUACACACACACAAAUGCUUCCGAAUAUGUAUUAGAUUUAUUCUGCACCAUAGUUUAUGGAAAACAACAACAGUGAGACUGAAAAAUAUGGAAAAUUUUGAUUUGUAUCUUUACAGACAGGAUACCACUUUACCUGCAUUGCUUUUCGUCUCAAAUCAUCUGAAAAGUAUUCAAACUGAACGUGGCAUGUUUGGAAAUGAAAGAUGUUAUUUGGUCUGCUUAAUCCACACAAAUGUCUUCUCUAACAUUGCAGCUCAGUGUUUUCAUCUAAAUGUUUGAGUCUACAGGCAACAGAUUAAAUAUAAUGAUGUGUCACAUGUAUGCUGUUAAACCAAACAGUGUUAUACUGUAUUAUGGCUGGUUUGGACAGGGCCGGAUGUCAAUUUAACUUCUUCUAAACUUGCUCAUCAACAGUGGCUGUGGUUGGGUCUGUUGGAAAUUAUAGAUGUUUUCCAAACUGGUGAGUUUACAGCUCUAGGACUCAGAGGAUAAACAAUGUCAAACACUUUUUUAUAUGUGUAAAACUUGAUAUGAGCUCCAAAAGUGAACAGCAUCACAGUGUUUGAUGUUUCUGGUCCGUCUUGUUAUCAUUUUUGUGUUUCAAAAGAUAUGGGGGCUCAGUUUUCAUUUGGAGAAAUUUCCACCUGUCUCGGAAGAAACUGUCAAACAUUUGUAAAUCAGUCACCAUUUCAAAACACCAACGAAUAUUUAAAGAUAAAAAAAAUCCUGAAUGUU